UUUUGUUUUUUUUCCUAGAGCCAAUUCCCUAGAAUGGGAGAGACUGUACAAAAAGCGAUCUCCAGGCAGUCUCCUGCACGUUUUCACCCACACUUGUAACCCGAACUGUACGUGGGAGUGAAAGCCUGAGGCUCUUGCCCUGUAAGGUAAAGUCCCGGUCUGUGAGGAGGAGGUUCAGGAGGGCAGGGCAGGCUCCGGCUGUUGUGCUUCCUACGCACAGAUUGCAGCUCAUGCAUAAUUCAGGACAGAAGAGAAAAAAAAGUUUCUGCCCAGAGACGCCUCUCCCUGUCCCUUCCUGAGAGCUGCUAGCUUCUUGACUCUGUUUAAGGCGUCCAGAAGGCGCUCAGAGCCUGUGGACCAGGGAUCUCAGACACCCCACGCAAGCAGGUUUUUUAUUGGACAUUCAUUGCCCCUGGGAGCUGAUCCAGGUCCGGGAGAGAAGACCUUUCCCUGGCUGACGUCACAAUGCACUUCAUUGGAACUUUCAGCCUAUCAACGUUCUAAUUGUUCUAGAAGACUGAUUGUUAUUAUUAGGCUCCUCAAGCAACUUUUCCUAAGUUUCCUAUUGAUUAUUUAUUAGGUUCGUUGCGCAAUCCACGCUUCCUUGGGCUCCUGUGUUGACAUCAGGAGGUCUGAUCUGUUUUAGACACAGUCUGCUGUGUUUCUGCUUGGGAAAAUGAACUCCAAUCAAGGCACAGAUCUUCCUCCACCAGGGCAUCAGUUCAUCCAUGUCACCCAGGAUUUGGACACCGAUUUGGAAGCUCUCUUUAAUUCGGUGAUGAACCCAAAGCCCAGUUCCUGGAGAAAGAAGAUUCUUCCUGAGUCCUUCUUCAUGGAACCCGAUUCUGGAUCCCAUUCUAGACAGUCCAGCACCGAUUCGGGAAGUCACCCCCCAAGGCUGGGAAUCCAGCAUUUCCGAUCUCAGUCAUCCCCUGCUUCAUUUCAACUGGGAGUAAGUACCGGGUCUGCCCCGAGUCCGGCUCAGCAGCACGCUCACCUCCGCCAGCAAUCGUAUGAUGUGACAGAUGAGCUGCCCCUGCCACCCGGCUGGGAGAUGGCAUAUACCCACACUGGGCAGAGAUACUUCUUGAAGUAAGUGGGAUUUGAAUAGAUGGGUUCCCCUCCUUUUAUCUAAAUCUGUUUUUAAGACCUGUGAUAGCUACCAGCUUUCUCUGUUACUUUUGUGGACUGCCUCUUUCCUGAUUCCCACUUUGAUAAUAUGGCUGGCUGAGCAGCAUGUGAGUUGAAGACAUAAUUUAUCACAUCCUAGCCAUCAAUACAUUAGCUUGCCCCUUUUACAGUCACUAGUUAGUGAUGGAAUGUUGUAUCCUUUGCUGUCAGAUGAGUUUACAAUAUACUAAUGCCAGUUCCAGGCAGGUUUAUCUGCAACAUGAUAAACCAUUUACCUUCCACUCAGCUCAGCAGAAAUGUGUGAUUUUCUUUUUAACUCAUUGAAUAAAAGAAGAAUUGCGUAUGGUUGUUUAACAUAUGGUAUCCCUCAGCUGUUCAUAGACCUACAAUUCUUAGUAUGCCCAACAAUCAUACUACAAGAAAGGAAGUUAAUUUGGCUGGAGUUAAGAGCAUAGUGGGAGUUGUAGUUCUAUAACAACUGCAGAACUAAAUUGACUAAAGAGUCAUAUACUUUAUUAAUCUCAAUUUUCAACCCUGUAUGUUAUGAACAAGCUAUAUAUUUAAAUCACGUCUUCGGUGAAAUUGUCAUACUUACUGUAGAUCUGUGAAACAAAUAUGCACUUACGCAAUCCUCUCGAGAUAGUUUGUGUGUAUAUAUGGAAGUGUAUGGGAACAGCUUCUUGCUGUAAAUGGUUUCAAUCUACAUUUAUAAUGGCAAUUCAGUUAUGGGAUACAUAAAGUUAGCAGCAUGCUGCCGAAAAAUAAAUAAAUUGACAGUUCUUGAAAGUGUUGUGAAUUCUUAAAACAUUAUUAUACAAUGUACAUUUAUUCAUUAAAUCAAGACAUUUGGAAAACUGACCCAGAAUUGUAAAUUGUAGACUAAAAUAGGAAAAAUAUCUGGUUUGGAGAUAUUACCUUCAAACCCCAUGUCAGUACUCCACAAUUUACAGUUUAGUAAAUAAAGGGUGAAAUGUAUGGUGGGAGUCAUGAUUUAUCAGUAUUUAUGUGAGCACGUCUUUGUAAUAAAGAGUUGUUGGAGGGCUUUAUCACAGUAUUUGCAUAACUAAGACUCCCAUUAGAAUUAUUAUUUAUAUAACGCCAGCAAAUUCCAUAGCGCUGUACAAUGGGUGGACUAACAGAUACGUAAUUGUAAUCAGACAAAUGGACGCACAGGAACAGAGGGCCCUGCCCAAUGAGCUUACAUGCUAGAGGGAUGAUGCUAUGCCAGUCUUAAAGGACCACUAUAGGCACCCGGACCACUUCAGCUCAAUGAAGUGGUCUGGGUGCCAGGUCAUUCUAGUUUUAACCCUGUACUGAGGACUGAAGAUUAAUCCAGCCUCUAGUGGCUGUCUCACUGACAGCCGCUAGAGGCGCUUCCGCGAUUCUCACUGUGAAAUUCACAGUGAGAAGAGGCUGACAUCCAUAGGAAAGCAUUGAGUAAUGCUUUCAUAUGGUCUGUUUGAAUGUGCGCCCGGCUCUUGCUGCGCAUGCGCAUACCGAGCUGACGUCGGCAGGGGGGUGACCGGCGCUGGAGUAAGGUAAGUGGCUGAAGGGGUUUUAACCUCUACAGCCCAGCGGGAGGGGGGCCUUGAGGGUGGGGGGACCUAAUGACCCUAUAGUGCCAGGAAAACGAGUUUCUUUUUCUGGCACUAUAGUCCUCCUUUAAAGGGAUACUCCAGACCCAUAAAGCACUUUAGAUAGCUGAAAAACUUUGUGUAAAGAGAGUGUGCCCUAUUUUUCAUUUUGCCAAAAGUGCAGAUUUCAAUUUAAAUUGACACUUUUAUAAAAUAACCUGGUUACACUCCUAGGCUUUGUCCUGUUACUUCCUGGUUUGGUUAACUCAGUGAAGCAAAUCUCAAGAGUCAGGCAAUUGAUCAGAGCACCUGCCUUGCAAAAACAUUUCAUUGAGCUGAAUUGGGAAGUCUUUGAUUGGACAGCCACAGAAUGUCUGGGCUUGGUUAGAAGGGAAGGGCUUGCAAAGGCAGGAGACAGAAUAACUGCAGGUUUUGCAAGUUGUUUUUAGAUUUACACCUCAAUGACAAAAAAGCAUAAUUAAUCACAUGCAAGUUUUCAUUUGGGGCAUAUCUACUAAACUGUGAUUUUUAUUUAUUUUGUAUUUGGCCAGUAAAGUGUCCCUUUAAGUUUGUGCCAUUCCUGUUAUAAAAUAAUCCUUUAUCCUUCUGAGAAAUUGAUGCAGAACCAAGUCUAGACACUUGCACUAGAUAGUUGCACUACAACAUCAUUGCUAUCUGAUGUCCUUUCAGGAACACAGAUGUCUACAUACCUGCCAAAUACAGGGACAGUGUCUGAUUUUGGCUCCUUUCAUCACUGGCCUUCUGCCUUGCUUUGGAUUUUAACUGGGAUUAAACUGUUCUUCCUGAGUCUUAUUUAUUUAUAAAACACCAGCAUAUCCUGCUCGGCCCUACCAUGUCUCAGUGUCUCUUGUGUGAAACGGGUAGACAUAACAUGCAAAGGAUUGGCGACUGCGCAACAUUACUCACUAAGGAAUAAAAAGCUAUAAUUAAAAUUGUUCAUAUACAGCAGCAAAUUUCAUGGUAUUGUUCCUUGUGCAGUGAACAAUAAAGUUACAGAGAAGUCGACGUACAGGGAGAUACACAGCAAUACUUUGGCAUAUACAGUGUAGGUGUAUAUGUAGGUGCAUAGUAUUGGAUUGCCAUGCAAGGGUUACUGGUCUAUGUUUUUUAAUUAUCUACCGUAUAUACUCGCGUAUAAGUCGACUCGAAUAUAAGUCGAGACCCCUAAUUUUACCCCAAAAAACUGGGAAAACUUAUUGACUCAAGUAUAAGACUAGGGUGGGAAAUGCAGCAGCUACUGGUAAAUUUCUAAAUAAAAUUAGAUCCCCCCAAAAUUAUAUUAAUUGAAUAUUUAUUUGCAGUGUGUUUGUAUGAAUGCAGUGUGUGUGUGAAUACAGUGAGUGUGUGUAUGAGUGCAGUGUGUGUGUUUGUAUGAGUGCUGUGUAUGAGUGCAGUGUGUGUGUGUAUGAAUGCAGUGUGUGUGUGUGUGUAUGAAUGCAGUGUGAGUGUAUGAAUGCAGUGUGUGUGUGUGAUGCAGAGUGUGUUUGUGUAUGUGAUGCAGAGCCUUGGUGGGGGGUGGGCAUUUUUAUUAUUUUUAAAAAUAUUAUUUAUUUAUUUAUUAGAUUAUUAAGAUUUUUUUUAUUGUAAUAUUUUUUUUAUUUAUUUAUUUUUUCGUCCCGCCUCCCUGCUUGUUAGCUGGCCAGGGAGGGGGCUCUCAUUCCCUGUUGGUCCAGUGGAUGGGCUGUGUAGGAGGGGGCUGGCAGCAAGCUGUAACUUACCUUUCCUGCAGCUCCUGUCAGCUCCCUUCUCCUGCGUGCCGGUCAGCUCCCUUCUCCUCCACUGCAAGUCUCGCGGUGUGAGUGCCGCGCGGAGCUCUGACCCGCGGCUCUCGCGAGACUUGCAAGGGAGCUGACAGGAGCUGCAGGAAAGGUAAGUUACAGCUCUCUGCCAGCCCCCAACAGGACCGCCGGGCUUGUAAUGAGCCCGGCGGUCCUGGUCUGUAUUAUGGCAAUGUAAGUUGCCAUAAUACAGACAGUGACUCGCGUAUAAGACGAGUUGGGGUUUUUCAGCACAAAAUAUGUGCUGAAAAACUCGACUUAUACUCGGGUAUAUACGGUAUAUAAAUGUUUUUCCUAUUGUGAUUUCAAGUUUGUGUGUUUCCCGUGUUAAUGUUUCUUGUGCUACUCAACAACAAUCUUAUAGUUCUUCCGGAAGGUUUUCUCAAAGUUUUUUCUGAAAGUUUAUUCUCUGAGCUUUGAAUGAGGUGAAUAUACAAAUAUAUUGCAAACUGUAAAGGAAAACUCCAGGCACCAUGACCACUACUGUGUGCUGUAGUAGUUAUGGUGCCACGUGCAUGCCCUAAUUAAGGAGUCAAACAGUUUACCAAUGGUUUGACUUCUUCGGUUGGUGCACAGGGCGCUUCUGCACACCUACCCUAUAAUGGAAGCUGUUUCUUAUCUCAUUGGCUGAGUGUGGUGUAUGACUUUGCUCAAUUGACACUCUCAGACCUGCAGAGCUUAGGUCAGGAGAGCUAAUGGAAUCUGCUGGUUAAAAACUACGUAUGUGGAGUGGAGCCCAGGUAAGAAGUCAAACAGUUACUAAACAGUUUGAGUUCUUACAUUGGUAUGGACACCAGCACUUCUGGCACCAUAACCACUAUAAUGUGUGGUAGUGGUUAUGGUGCUUGAACUGUUGCUUAAAGGAUGCAUGAUUACAGGGUGAUGGACUGUUAUAUCCUUCAUUGUAAUGCCGUACACCAUCAUAAAUUAUGCUUUAAUGGCACUAUGAUAUUUUGAAUGCAGCAACAUUAUAAUGUCACUCUGCUGAUGCAUACCAUUUUAAUGUCAAUAUUUUUAAAGUGAAUAGUUUAAUAAUUUGCCCAACAUGACCACUUUGAACAUAAUUAAGAAAAAGUUAGUUGUCAUCCGUUUGUUUAGUGCAUGACUACCCUAAUAAUAUUGUACAGUGUGUCUACCCAGCCCCUGCUGAGGGUCAAUUUGACUAGCGUAUUGCUGAGAAUAUCUGAAGCUUGCCAUUGCUUAGUAACCCAAGUACAGUACACUUGGGCCUACUUACUCAGCAGCAAAUGAUCUGCAAGUAGGUCUCUGUUUUCCUUUGAAAGGUCUGUGAAUGUUUACAUUAAACAGCUAAGAAAGUGAACUCUGUGGUGAGGUGAGACUGUGCAGAUACAAUGCUGCAAGUUUGAUCUCAGCUCUUUACAAUAGUAAACAAGCCACAGUAUGGCUGAGUUUUAGAACACUGACAAUUAACACUUUCCUGCCUUCCUAACCAUUUGUACAUUACAAAAAGAAAAACAAGCUAAUUGUAUGGUUAAACAAACUAAAUCUGUACAUUUUCACUCCUUAUAAGUUCGUGUGAAUUUUGUAUACUCUUAGGUUAACUGUUAGGGGUUCAUUCACUAAUCAGGAAUUCUGGUGAUUUCACAAGGGAAUUGAUAAUACUAAGCCAAGCUGGAAAAUUGGCUGGGGUUCAGAAUUGUUCAUAUUCUGCUUUUUAAAUCUCAGUUGUGUAACUCCCUUCUCAAAUUACUACAAUUCCAGGUUUAGUGAAUAGAAAUGAUAAAUUAUGGGAAGAAUCCCACCUCAUGAAGAGGGAGAGGCAUACACCACUCUUCCAGUCAGUGCAGCUAACCCCACCCUCAAGAGUCAAAACAUGGCUUCAGGGAAUGUGGUUGUGUUGUGGAGGGAGGGGGACAUGGCUGCGGGCAACAUGGAUGGACAGGGAGGGUCAACAUAAUGCUUUAAUAAUGCUAUGCAAGACUCUUAAAAUAGGUCCACCUUUUGUAAACAAAUGACAUCUGUAUGCCCAAGGGACAAGGUUUUUUCUUUUAUCAAAUAUAGUGAAUUUUAGGCUCUGAAAUACAUGCACCCUACAUGGGUAAUACUAUGUGCAUGAUGAUAUUAAAAGUAAUAUCCCAGUACUUGAUUCCCCAUAAAUGCCUAGAACAAUGCUAACCAUUAGAUUGUGUCAAAAAACUCAAAUACACUCACUUUUUAUAUUUUUCGGCAACACAAAUCCUAUCUUCAACCAUCUGAUACAAGAAAAGGGUGCUGAUAGGCUACAUGAUUUUGUUGUCAUAGUAACAUAGUAUAUAUAUAUAUAAAUCCCAAUAAUGAAGUCGGAAUUAUAAGCAAAUAAUUCCAUCAUAAACCACAAAAUCAAAGUUUGACUUGUUUAUGAAUGUCUCAGGGACCCCAUGAUGGCAUUAUUUUCCACUACUUCACAGCUGUGCUUCUCUUCUAGUACAGACCCUUUUUAAAAAAAUAUUAUUUUUAUAUAAUUUGGUUUAACAGCAGCUAAUGGUAGUGAGGACACCAACUGCAUACACUUCUACGGUAAUUUAUUGAAUGUUACUUGCUUUAUCUCCUUAUCUGGACAAGAUGUAAUUUCUUCCUGACUAUAAUGCUAUAAACAACAAUAAUCUUCUGUUCAAAUCAGCCUAUCUAUAGAUAUACAUCAUGGGAGGGCUAACAAGAGGCUAGAGGGGUAAUUACCUCUUCUGCACCAAGCUAAAAAAAAAUUCUAGCUUCUCUUUCUCUUCUUUCAAUUACACGCAUUGUGGGAGACUUAUAAAAAUGUCUCUAUUAGAAAAGGAGACAGAGUUCUGAAUGUUGAGCAAUCACUAUGGAGACCAGUAGUAUCAGAAGACACAUUCCAAUAAUUUCCAUGGUAAUUGCCCCAAAUUUAAAACAUUGACCCCUUUUCUAGUUGUUCAUGUUUUAAACCUUGACCAUUUCACAGUGCCAUCCUCAAAUGGCAGAAUAAUAGAAUUUCAAUCAUUAGUGUGUAAUUAAAGGGACAUUGUAGGCACCCAAACAACUUUAGCAAAUUGAAGUAGUCUGGGUGUUGUAACCCUUUUGCACUUAGUGCUGCAAUGUAAACCAUUGCAGUUCCAGAGAGCUGCAAUGUUUACAUUAUAGCUCUAAGUCGCUGGGGGCGCUUCCGGAAUUCAAACUGACUUUUGGUCCUUUAUCUGAUGCUGGACAUCCUCACAGACCAUUACCACGCAUUCGCAUUAGGUCUCCGCCGCCGGCUGACAUCAGCGGGGGAAGAGUGUGGGCGGAGCCUGACCCAGCGCCGAGGAACAUUGGCGCUGGAUUCAGGUAAGUGGCUGAAGGGGUUUUAACCCCUUCAGCCCCACGGGAGGGGGGUCGCGAGGGAGGGGGGCACUGUAGAGACCUAUAGUGCAAGAAAAAUGUUUGUUUUCCUGGCACUAUAGGAUCCCUUUAAUUAACUAUGGAAUAUGUAGCAAAAUAUUCUUGUGUCUAGUCUAUUGUGACUUGUCUAUCCAACCUGCUACAGUGUAACUACUGUUUUGGAAGAAUAUUGUAUUGUGUAAGCUGAUAUAUUAUCAUAUAUUUUGUUUUUUUAUGGCAUUAUUUGAAGGGUCACAAAGUCAACCCUUUUGUAAGUUGGGGAUUUUUCAGUAGCAGUUAAUGUACCAUUGUUUUCUUUACGCUGAUGUAAUUUUAGAUUGAGAUCUUUUUUUCUGUCCAUUAUGAGAAAGAAAUGCAUUUAACAAAAUAUGAAUGCUAUUAAUAAGAAAAUUAAUAUUAAUAAUAUCUUAUGCAGAUGGUGUUAAUAUACACUUGUAGAAAUUGUUACUGAAACCGUCCCACAGUACCGCAUUAGGUUAAAGGGAAACUCUCACUUUCAAGGUUUUUUAAUUUUGUGAUUUUUCAUCUUGGUUCCCUGUCAAUCAUUGUAAUAAGCUCUGCCCUUUUCUGUUAUUAAAUAUAGUUUAAGUGGAGGAGUAUAUGCUGUGUAUGUCCAGGCUCAAGGAUGUGGAUUUUAUAUCACCCGACACCCUGGACAAGCAGUUCCUGGCCCCGGGUGAACAGUUUUUCUAUACUUUUUUUUCCUGCUACGGUCAAGCGUGCGGCUGCUGGGGGGAAUGUGUUGGUGGAGUGGAAGGACUGUCUGCUGUGCCUGUAACUUAACUUGUAAUGCUUGAGUAAAAAACAGUAUACUUGCUCCAGAAAUAAUGUCUUAUACUCUGCGAGAGGAAAAAAAGAAGUAGAAUUUGACUUGGUAAUACAUGCUGUGAAUGUUAUUUUAAUUUCUGUCUCCAGGUGAUGGAUUGCUCCUAGAGCCCCAGUCUCAGACAAACAACUUGAGCCAGUUGUAUGAAGUUGAUAGGCAGAAUAGUGCCUUAGUAAUGGUCUAAUAAUCUCAGCUGUAAACAGUCCUUUGUGCUCCCAGUGUUGAAAUGGGGGGAAGGGAGGGAGAGAUAGUGUGGGGUGAAAAUCUUUGUACGCAGACUGUAAAUUCAUUAAUCACUUGGGGAAAGUUUAAGGAAAGCAAAUAAUUACACAGACAGUGUUCUUGGUCCAGCCAUUUUGUGGCCCAGGGCUGGGCUUUAUGUCUUCCAGCAGCACUUCAGUGAUUUCUAAGUUGUCUUUAAAGGAAUACUAUAGCAUUAGCACAGUGCUAAGGGAUUUGCUGGCUCUAUAUAAAUAAUAAAAUAAUAGAAAAUAUUCAUAAUUAGGAAUAUAAACAUGUAUUCCUAAUGCUAUAAUUUACUACUCACCCUUUAGAUGUAUGGGCCCCCUUUGCAAGGGUUACGAUAACUUUUUACACCUUCUAUCCUGCUGGUUACCACUUGUUACCAUACUGCUGGUCCUUCCUCUUCGGCUGAGUUUAUCAGUAUUGAUAUCUCAACCAUUCCAAUGCUCCCCCAUAGAGAAUGCAUCUCUAUGGGGAGUGUUCAAUGUCUUCACACAGAGCAUAGAGAUGCUGAAAGUAGGUCAUGUGAAAAUUGCAGGACGUUGUCCAGGAAGUCCCUUUAGUGGCUAUAUGAGUGACAGCCACUAGAGGAGACCUUUAAAAGUAGUGUUGACUACAACAGUAUCCCCUACAUUAAAGAUUAGUGGUUCUGGUCACUAUAGUGUUCAAUUAUAUAAAGUAUUUAAGUGUUGUAGAAUUGUUUAAGCAACUCGGCCUUGCUAAACAUCAUUAAAAAUCGCAUGUCAACCCAUACUAAGUCGGGCCAUUGUAUAAUAUCCGAACUUGGUAUGAGUUGUCAUGAUAAUGCAGAGAUAUUAACGUCGGCUUUAGCAUAUCACAUUAGGCCAGAAGCAGUAUGGGCACCUGACAGAGCCAGGUAAAUUUCAAACCGUUGGAUAGUAUCAGGGGACGCUUGCGGUUAGUGUCCAUUUAAGGAGGGAAGGAAGCAUUAUAGGGAACUAUAGUGCCAUGAAAAAAAAACAUUGUUUUCCUGACACUAUAGUUUCACUUUAAGACAGGUAACAUCAUUAAGAUGACUGCCAGACAUGGAGGAAUAUACCUGUGUUUGCAGGCAUCAUGGUUAAUGUUACAAUUUAGAGUACAGCUAUUCUCAUCUGUUUCCAGAUUACAUUGCCCGAUUACACCUCUUAAAAAGUUUUGUAAGAGCUUCAGGUGAGUAUAAAUAUAUAUAUGUAUAUAUAAUUGUGGGUGGCAGGUCCCCUUUAAGGGCACAGUGUUCCCUGGUCACCAUGUUGACUUGCCCUUACAAUUUAAUAUAUACACUCCCAGUGAAUGGUAUUUAUCUGUGUAGUGUAACAAGGAAAUAUCAUCCUUGCCCAAAGCACAGUUUAAUUUUAAACAACCAGGUCAGUCAGAGUGAAAAUAUUUUCUUAAAGGAACACUGUACUUCCCAAAUUAAAUACUUAAAUCACUGUUUAUUAAAUGUAGCCCAAUGAAAACACGCACACUUGUAAUUUUUUAACCAGGAAGUACCGUAUAUACCCGAGUAUAAGUCGACCCGAAUAUAAGUCGAGGCCCCUAAUUUUACCCCAAAAAACUGGGAAAACUUAUUGACUCGAGUAUAAGACUAGGUUGGGAAAUGCAGCAGCUACUGGUAAAUUUCUAAAUAACAUUAGAUCCCCCCAAAAUUAUAUUAAUUGAAUAUUUAUUUACAGUGUGUGUAUAUAAUGAAUGCAGAUUGUGUGUGUAUAUAAUGCAGUGUGUGUAUGUAUGAAUGCAGUGUGUGUGUAUAUAAUGCAGUGUGCGUAUAUAUAAUUUUUUUUUUUAAUAUUAUUACAUUUUCUUUUUUAUUAUAAUAUUAUUUACAUUUGUGGAGCUGAACGGCACGGAGGAGAAGGGAGCUGAACGGAGCUGCUGUAAAGGUAAGUAACAGCUUCCUUCCAGCCCCCAACAGGACCGUCGGGCUUGUAAUGAGCCCAGCGGUCCUGGUCUGUAUUAUGGCAAUGAAAGUUGCCAUAAUACAGACAUUGACUCGAGUAUAAGACAAGUGGGGGGUUUUCAGCACAAAAGAAUCUGGUAUUUAUCCCCCUCCUCCCUGUGUCUUACAAAAAAUAAUAACAUUAAAUGUUUUCUUACUACUGCACUCAUGCUACUUAAUUGAAAUGAAGUGGCCUGGGUGACUGUAGUGGUCCUUUUGAGGCCAUGGGUUUCUUGGGUGAUUUUUGGUCCUUUAGUCAUUUAUCUUCUAUUCUUUCUCCUUUCUAUCUAUUUAUUCAUCCAUUAACUCAUAUGACUCAGAUUUGUUGAAUAGAAAUGCAGGGAAGGGAGAGGCAUUUGUCCCAGAGUGGUCUCUCUAUAAAUACAACAAAAUUCACAUCAAGGGUCGACUGACAACUGUAAUACACAGUUGGUAAGGCUUCUCUGAUUUUAACAGCCUUAUGUUUGAUGUGGAUAUUAUCGGAAUGCAGAAAAUCUUCUCUUCAUGUUAACAAAUGCUGUUUCUACAAAGCAACGGGCUGCAAAAUGAAGGGCAGGGGUCUAUCGGUAUUUCAUGUGAUAACUUCACAUCAUGGUUUCCAUAACUUCAAUAAUGGUUGGGGAACUCUCGUUAUCGGACUACUUAUAGCUGAAACCUAUCACUCUCAAAUGUGUGUUGGUUUUUAAAAUGUAUGCCAACAUAGCUUUUUCAACUUGACUAUUAUGGCCUUCAAUUUUCCAGUGAAUUGUCAGCUUAACUCUAAACAGUGCACUGUGGAAUAUUCAAUUUAUAUUAUUGUGCAAAACAGUAAUUAAUUAAUCAUAGUGGAAUCUCUAAAGGACAGCUUUGAUUAGGUGGAUGAUUUUUCUUAUGUAGCAUAUGAAUGAUUACUACAUACUACAGGUUUUCAUUUGCUACCCAUCAGCAUGUUUAAAUAAUAUCGGUUCAGGAAAACUUGGUGGAUUUGUCAAAUCAGGAAAAGGUUUCAUAAUUUAUGUAUUAUCAUUUAUCUUACCUAUGAUAUAAGCAGGGCUCUUUGGUGUCUUUGAAGCAUUAUACUAGCCUACAGGAUAGCUAUUGUGGGCAUCACCUAAUGUAGAUUGGGUUAAGUGCUCAAACGAUAUGUUUGUUAUACUGUAUAUAUGGAGUUCAACACCUCCUUUUGCACCACAAACCUUAUCAAAUCACAAAACUGACGUGGAAUAGAUAAUAUUUGCAUAAUUAUUUUUUUAUUUAUCUAAUGGAACAUUUGCACCAUCCCACAAUCAAUAUCUUUUUCUUUUCUUUUGCCAAUGAAUGUGAUGCAAACAACAAUAAACUUGCCCGUGAAAAGCCUUAAAAAUUGAAUUUGAAGUUCAUGACUGACAUGGUCAGCAGUGUGCAUAGAGAAUCCAUUGUUUCUUGUGUUUGUCUCUUGCUUACAUUUUAAUAAUUAUUGAGUUGCUGCUGAUUAUUAACUGAGAUUAUGUUUAACAUUGGGAGAAAAAAAACUGCAUUCCUGAGCUAUGGAGGACAACAUGAUACUGGCAUUCACCGUCAUGAAUUGGCAGGACAUGUAGAGCGAUUUCUAUGGAAAGUCACUUUGCUUGGCACAUGUUAACCUUUUGAUUGCCAGAGGCACUGAAUUCACACAGGCAUCUCUUUAAAAAAAAAAAAAAAACAUUCUCACCUAUCUGGCACUGAGACUAGGGACUAUCGUGUGUGUUGUAGAUCAGAUGUAUUUGCUUAAGAACAUGGAUCUUUAUGCUAGGCAUAAUAUUAAUAUUAGAACUGAAUAUGGAUUAGAAAGAGAUCUGCAGAAUGAGGUGUACCAGUCACUUUGUCAUUGUGAUGGUUAUUAAAAGAACAUGUUAUUCAAGAGUCCUUUAUAACAAUCAUAGAAUAGGAUUUGAACACGUCAGGGGUAGUCAGUAUUUCAUUUUGCAUUCAUUCUAGCAUGCAGAGCAUGACAAAAUGUGAAAAAACAUGCAAAAUUCUGGUGGCAUGUCAUGGGAAAAGGGCUGCAGUGAAUUCUAGCAAAGGUAAGUGUUGUCAGUAUUGCUGGACAUGCAUCAUGGGAGAUGUAGUCUACAGAAUUAUAAAACUGGAACGUUUACAGACCCUAAAUCAAUGUGGUAAUGGGCUUUUUAAAAAAAAUAAAAAAUAAAAAAUUGAUGGUUUCAAAAUAGGUGUUAUGUUAUUAGAAAACAUUAAAACAUUAUGCAACAAACAUCUUUAUCAGUCUUAGAUCAUAUAUAUAUAUAUAUAUAUAUAUAUAUUCAUUAAACAGGAAGUAUUGCUAAACAAAAAAGUAGGUUGUAAAAUCUAGGCCAGAUAGAAAUUCAUAAAAAUAUGCCUGAGGUUGAACAGGACAUUCUGUGCUCCAUCUUGGCUAUUUUAGCAAACAACUUGAAUUCCUCAAGUCUCCAUCACUUGCUUUUUAGUCAGUAGACCCAUUUGACUCCAAAGUGGUCUCAAAGUUGCCUAUUACAACUGACUCAUAGUGUCUGGGUCAUUUCAAGGCAGGUAUAACUUGAACGAAAGUAGACUUGCUAUACAAGUAUAGCCAGUCAUCUAGUCACAAAACCAGCGGAUAAUGUACUCCUUAGACCGAGUUAGUGGUUUAUUUAUGGGACAUCACGCAUUUCUGAUGCCCCAACCUGAACCCCUAUACAGUGAAAAGGCUAGCUGGAGCAAUACAUUGUCUGAGGACAAACCUAAAAGGCUGCCACACUCUCCUGUGUGUACCUUCCUAGCUUCUCACUAUAUAUAUAUAUAUGUAGAAUAAUAGACUAAUGGCCUUCAACAUAUUCAGGUCUCGUACAGUUCUUGGCAGGGGCCAUGGGUGCUGCCAAGGUGUCAAGUAAUCCCUCUGGCACAGAAUCAAGUAGACUGGCUACUGUGCCCCAUGGACGCCAGGUAUGUUUUCAAACUGCCUACAGUUUGAUUACUUACCCUGUGAGGGGGCCAGGGCGCUCAUGACACCAUAACAACUACAGUGAGCUGUAGUGGUGAUGGUGCUUGUUGAUUUCCUUUUAUUGACAAUGCUGAAAUCUGAAUAUUAGCCAAAGCUGGGAUGGGGGGCAUUUUUUACUUGGAGAUGUUUUGACAAAUUGCCAAAGCAGUCCUAACAGCCUGCGAUCAUGGUAAAGUUGUCUUAUCCUACAGAGAUUUUUCAGUAUGUGAAUGUUGAUGACUGCUAGAGUUCUAUUUUGGUAUUGACAGUAAACUUGCUGUAUACUGAGGGGCCAUAACCGUCCUAGGGUAACGUGUUGUAACUUGAUUCCUGCAGCUGAAUUUACAGUCCCAGAUUGCAUUUUCUAAAGCUGCAGGGAAAUGCCUGGUUUAACAAAGUGUGCUUUGUGCUAUAAAAACAUAUUUCACCCAGAAAAGAAGAAUGCUUUUUUAGGACAUGACAUACAAAAGUGAAGUUUUAUUUUCUUUUUUCACUCUGUUUCUUUCACAUAGGAAGCCCUCAACGUGUUAUGUAGUUUAACCUGUCAAGUUGGUUUUUUAUUUAUUUACUAGAACAAAGUAUUGGUUGCAGUUCAUGUGCUCAGAGUUCAUAUUGUUACGUACUUAAGGGUUUAUGCACUAAAUAAGUGAUCAUAGAGAAUUGGAAAAAUAACAACUCUUUUUCCAUAAUUGCAAUACCCUUCUAAAACUUCCACAAUUGGCAUGAUUGUGUGUGUAUAGUGUGCAUGCACACUCCAUAUACACAUAGUUUGUUGGUAAAGCUUCUGUUUUUCUCUGUGUAUUGAAGUGUGUGUGAACUUUAUAGUUUACCAUUUCCCUUCCCCCAAGUGCCUGCUAAAGCGUUAUGAAUGACUUGACAGUCUCAGUGUUUAAGUAAUAAUUACUUACCAUCCAAUAUAGCCAAUGCAGUUAGUUGCGGAAACUGGAGUUCUGAUGCAGCACUGUUUUUGCACUGCUUAACCAAUGCAUAGGUAACAUUUUAAAAUUUUUUUUAUUAUUAGAAUAUUUAUUAAACAUUUUCAUAUAUAUAAUACAUAGACACUGCGACAUAGACACCAAUUCACAGGGAUUACUUUCUCCUAAAUACAACCAAGUAAUAAUAACAGUAUAUCCCUCAAUCAUAGACACUAAACAUUAAGAAUAAUUUACAUUUAUCAUUCAUCAGUAUCAAUACAAGACUAUGCAACCAAAGAGAAUAAUAGAAAAAAAAAAGAACAAAUUCAAAUUUCAUGAUUUUGCUAUUACAUAACGAAAAGUCAUGAUUUUAUUAAAGACACGGAAGCGAGUAUUGCAUAUCGCUUUCUUUACUGUCCACCAAUAGCAGCAAAGGAUACAAACAGAAUGAAAAAACAAUGAACAUAUAGUAGCAUAGGCCCCAGUAUAAUAGGCAACACUAACCUUCCAUUUCCCUCUUUCUGAAGAUGCGACACUAUACAUAAAGUCCAUAACAGGAACAGCAAUAUAGUCCAGAGAGAGGCCAAAAGACGUAUAAACUGCAAGCCAAGAGGAGGAUCAUCAUAUCAAUAAACAGGGAAGUAUAACUGGAUAACUUCCAACCAAACUUCAUUCGCAGGGAAAGGUCCAUACAUGUUGAAGCCAGAUACUCUGCAGGAUCGGUUUAGGCUGUGAAAACAUAAAGAACAGGAGCCCAGGGGUUAAACCAGUACUUGAGACUAACAUCAAGGCCAGACAGUGCAAGGCCUCACCAAUAUUUGCAGUGAAAGAACCAGAUAGACCCAAACUGACAUAGUUACAUAGUCAAAUCCCAUCCAACACAGGCCCCUCUUACUGUACCAAGCAAGAUAAUACUUGUCACCUAUACAGUCAAUGCGUUGAUGUGGAGUCAGGAUUCGGAGUCCAACCAGUGCCCCCUGUCGCCACACCCUCGCAAUGAGCCCCCCAGCCAUGGAGGCUCGCAUCUGAGUCAAUGGUGAACUCUGGCAUGGAGCAGGAGAUUGCCCUGCCGUUCCAAGCGGAUAGGUUGAGGAUCCACCAUCGCAGCUCGUCCUUCGUCUCGCUCUCUAGCGUCACGAGGUCCGCUCUCAGGUGAGCUAUUUUCAGGCAUUGCAGUGCGCGAUAAUGGAGCGGACCUGGGAACAUGGCCUGAAUAUAGGAUGCGAGGAGGUCGAUGAGGCGCGACAGUUGCCUCAAGGUGAGGUGUGGCCGUAUGAGAGCUCUUCGAUACUUGCGUAUCGAACGAGUCUUGGAUUUCGGAAGGCUCAGAGUGGCGGCUUCCGUAUCCACUAGGAAUCCCAAGAAUUCCAUACAAGUGGCGGGAGUCAGGCACGACUUUUCCUGGUUGUUGAUGAAACCCAGGCGAGAGAUCAUGGAGCAAUCCUGGGCCGUGAGCAGGAUGUCGUCUCAGUAUAUAAUUAGACGAAUGCCUCGACUGCGUAGCCAGGCCAUAGGUGGGCACAGCAAUUUUGUGAAGCACCAUGGUGAUGAUGACAGGCCAAAUGGAAGGCAGGUGAACCUCCAAGUCCCUGUCCGCCAACGGAAACGCAGGAGAUCUCUGGAUGCUUCGGCUAUAGGCACAGUGAGAUACGAAUCCUUGAGAUCCAGCUUUACCAACCAGUCCCCUGGAAGGAGUAGGUCUCGCAGUAGAUGGAUACCCUCCAUCUUGAAAUGGCUGUACCUCACCAUAGCAUUGAGCGGGCGCAGGCUUAUGACUGGGCGCAUUUGGCCGCCCUUCUUUUCCACUAGGAAAAUAUUGCUUACGACUCCUGUGGAGCCCGGGGGUGCCCGUUCUAUCGCUCUCUUGGUGAGGGGCACAGAUAGCUCGUCGUCGAUCGACCUGCGAUCUCGGAGGGAGAAGCAGAUCGGUCGAGGAGGAGGGAUACUUACAGGGUUCCCCACAAGGUCUAUGUGAAAACCGCAAAUAGUGCUUAGUACCCAAGGGUCGGAGGUUAUCUGUGCCCAGGCUGGGAAAAAAUGUUGGAGUCUGCCCCCAACAUAAACAUGAGAAGAAACAUGUGGUAUGGGUAAACUCACCAUAAGGUCGUCUGGAACCGGUGUUACCCCGGAAGCCUCUGGAUCGCCACGGGUGUCCGCGUGACGGAAAGAAUGGGGAGCGGGUACUCGUCUCCUGGAAGUUGGAGCGGUGCUGAAAGGAGCCUCGUCCCGAGCCACGGGACUGAAAAUAAGACCGGCCGGACAGAUGGUUCCUGGUGGAGACCCGACCGUGGAAUACUCGUCUCAUGGAGGCUUGGGCCUUGUCAAGGGCUGUAAACGCUCCCACAAAGCGUCCCAGGUCUUUAAUGAAGGAGUCGCCAAAAAGUAAACCUUGGGCGUACUUCCCAGCCUCUGUGAAGGCAAGGCUGGCCAAUUUAGGCUCUAUUUUGAAUAAAUUGGCUUUACGCCGUUCAAUAGAGAGGGAGGUAUUCACACUCCCGGCAAUACAAAUAGCCCUUUGGACCCAACCAUGGAGGUCUUUGGGGUCAACCAUAUGGUUUCCGGCUCUGGCAUCCUCCGCUAGUUCAAAAAGUUUUUCCAGUGGGCCAAAUAUGUCUAGGUGCUUAUCCUGACAGGCUUUAAGGGCAGAGUCUAGACCUUUACGUGGGUUCCAGCCCAAUUUUGACAGGAACUGGGUCAUUUUUGGGUCAACCUCAGGGGUAUCGCAGACCUUAUUUUGCACCAUAGGCCUCGGGCACUCAGCCCUCAAUUUAUUAUGUGCCGCUUUAGUGAGCGGGCGUCGUACCCAAUUUUCAAGGUUCUUGGAUACAUGGUCCGCCGGGAGCCACUCCGCCGACUUCGGAUGGUGUAGCUCUUCCGGGUCGAAGAGAGGUUCGCCCAACGGAAGAGGUGCAAAUGGCGUCAAAAUACAGGGAGAGACAGAGAAGGGUAUAAGAGACUGAAAGGAGAUAAGAGCAACCAGAGAAAAUCAAUUAUCUCACAGAGAAGGUCUGAAACCCUGGGAGGCAAUAAAUAUACAUAUAUAGUAAUGAGCAAACAUAAAUAAUAAAUGGAAAAAAGAUUCCUUAAACAAAAAACUAAAUAAUACUGAAUAUAUCAACAGAGAAUAAACAAUGGAGUAAUAAAUGACAAUAAAUAGUAAAAAUCAAGACAAUAGAUCACAGGAUAAUAAGAAAUAUGUGAGAGAAAAAAUGUGAGCUGUUUCUUAUCUUUGGAGCAGCAAAGAAAGAGGAGAAUGAAAGGAAAGUGCUGCCUCUUAUACUGGUACCUGUGCAGGGAGGGGCCUAUGUUACUGUAUGUUCAUUGUUUUUUCAUUCUGUUUGUAUCCUUUGCUGCUAUUGGUGGACAGUAAAGAAAGGGAUAUGCAAUAUGAGCCUCUGUGUCUUGUGAUAAAAUUCAUAUUGCCAGGAAGAAGGAAGAGACCUCAUGGUUCAUAGAGUAUCCAGAGUAUGGACAAUGUUUUGACAAUUACUUCAUACAGAAUAUGAAUGACACAGAGUCUGUUAAAUUUUUUCUGUAAUCAGCUCCCAACACUUAUUCCACACAUUUACUUUUUUACUUCGGUUAAAGGUAACAAAGGCAUAGGUAACAUUUCACCAAGUUGUUCAUACAAAGAGUAAUGACCGUAGUUUAGCUUAUAUUUAACCCCUUAAGGACCAAACUUCUGGAAUAAAAGGGAAUCAUGACAUGUCACAUAUGUCUUGUGUCCUUAAGGGGUUAGUGUUGUUGAUCCUGACAAUAUUGGUGCAUAGUAGGAGGUGUGACCGCUAAGUAAAUAACAGUUGUAGAAUUGAUGAAUGGCUAGAUGGAUGCCUGGUGAACUUUGAGGAAAGUAUAGGACAACAUGGUAACACAGGCUGCUUGACUCGUAGAGUAUGUACCCUUCUGCUGCAAAUCUUUUAUCUUGAAUGUUGAAUUGAUGAUCCAUUUACGAGAUCAUCUGCCCAUUACACACCUAGGUGUAAGAUCUUAGAACACGACUUGCCUAGGCUAAAACAUAACAUGGGACCCUGCCAUAUCGAAAUACAGAGGGGCUCUCCUUUGGAUGAAGAUCUUCAAACAUAUGACUACAGACUAAAUUAAGCUCUAGCAACAGAUGGACUGAUAUGUCAUAUCCCACAUCUAACGCAGGGAGUGGCCUGGUUCAUCACUUAAGCCUAAACUAACAUAGAAAGGUUACAUUGUUUUAUAACAUAUUGCAUGUUCUGCCACCAGUUUUUGUGACACAUUUCCUGUUUAACAAUUUUGAAUGUUUGAUUUGAAUCACAAGAGUCAUUAUUUAUUGAUUUAUUACUUGCAUUUAUAGAGUGCCCAUAUAUUCCAUAGCAAUGUACAGUAAGGUUAAAUCAAUAAAGUUGCUUGGUGUAUCCAACACUUGAUAUAAUAAUAAUAAUCCGCAGAAGGAUACAGGUGAAUUUGACUAGUUUCCAGGUAUGUCCAUGGAUUUUUUUGGUGUAUGUGAAUGGAGUUAUGGCACAGGUUUAUGUAUUACGAUAUCAUUACCAGUAAAAUAAUGUGGGUUUUCAGAGACACUCAUUAAUGUCAUUGUGUGAGUCAUGCUUGAAUGUCAUGAUGGCUACCCCCAAUGUUGCAAUGUUCUUUUAUUUAUAUGCAAUAGCAUGUGUUAACCUUUUUACUUGUCAUUUUCAUCAGGGCACACAUUGUAUUGGAGGAGGAGAAACCGAAACAAUGAUUUUGUUUCCUUCUUUCAGGCUCUCUUAAUGCUGACUGCCAGUUAUAAAGUGCAGAGCUUAUAACAAUGACGGACAGGGAGCCAUUCAAGUGGAGAAUAAAGAAAUGUGGAAUUCUACACUUAAUUCCAUAUUUUUUGGACUUCGGAAACAAAUGUUUGUUAAUUAUAGGGGAUUUUAACACCGGGAAAUGAUAAUAAAAUUAUUGAAAUUAACACUUUAUAUCCAAUUAAACACCACAUGGUGAGCUCUUCAUAGUUAGUAUAGAUAUAGAAACUUACCUGAUCCUCAGAUUGUUACUGUUAAUUAAAUUCCUCAGUGCUCUGUAGCUACUGCAACUUGAGGUAUGGCACCAGUGCAGCACGUACCUGGAAAUGCCAUUAGGUAGAUAUAAAUGGAAUGUAACUGUCUUAUAUUCUAAAUAAACAAAGCAAAAAAUGUCAGGACAAUGAGAGUAUACCUUUAUUAUUCACAUAUGGAUGGUUAAUGGGGCCAGGUAUAUUCAUGGUUCUGGUUCCCUUAUUAAACUCUUGGGACCUAGACGGCCCCCGAGGGUUGGUUUAUGUUUAAUCCUGCUCUGAGUCAGGGCAAAAUCUUCAAUGUUGUGUGGAAAUUUUGAAUCCUGAAAACACUCUAGUUUAGGGGUAGGCAAUCUUUUAGCAGUACUGUGCCAAAAUAAGAUUGUAAUAUCCCGUAGCGUGCUGGUCCUAUUUUUUUAAAUUGAGGUGUGUAUGAUGCCGUAUUCUGCUUGUGUUAUUUAUACUGCAGUUGCUUUGUAUUGUUGUAUUUGUGCGUAUAUGAACUGUUAUAUUGUAUAUGUUCUACAUGAGUAGUUUGUGGUAUUGUGUAGGAUACAUGUGAAUAUCGACUGUGUAAGGGGGCUGCUUGUGAAAUUGUGUUUGUGGAUAAUAUAGCACAUUGUGUGUUUGGUGGGGUGUGUAUGUGUGGGGCUGCUUGAGGUAUUGCAUGUGAGAGGCUGCUUGUGGGGUUGUGUCCGUGUAUUUAGUUUGUUAGUGGUGUUGUGUUUGUGCGGACCUUGUGUGUGUUUGUGUGUAAGCUGUUCGUAUUAUUUGUAUGAAGGGCUAUGGAUGGCUUCCCUGGGGUCCAGUGGUGACCAUGCUGGCCAGGUACAGUUCAAGGGCAGGAACUGCGAUUGCUGCUGCAGGCUGCUCUACUCCAGUGCAGAUUCCCAUUUACAAGUGCUGGGAGAAGGUGAUCUGAGAUCACUUCUUCUACAUGCUACAAUGCAUAAAAUGAAGUUUGUCCCUCACUACCUUUUCACAUUAUCAGAUAUCUGAAGUUCCACUGGGACUUCUGAUAGGCCAGAGAGGCUUGUUUGGCUCUAGCAGCCUUGAGUGCUGUGCAAAGAUACCUCGGGUGCCAUGCAUGGCACAAGUGCCAUAAGUUGCCUACCCCUUCUCUAGUUAGAUAACCAGCGAUCUCAAACAACCAUGGUAGAGUCUCUCUCAGGCUUUAAAAAUAAUUUGCAGAGUACAGCCCUAACCAAGGCUCCAACUUUCUUUCUUGCUAAAAAUUAAAACAUACAUCGACUUGUUUUAUGUGGCCUGACAAUGAAAGAGUGUAUGUGUCUUCGGGUCACUGUUGUAAUAUUGCAUUUCAUUGCAAGCUGCUUUAGACCAUUCACUGCCUGUGGACAAUUUCGCGGUUAGGCCUGACUCACUUCCUGUUUAAAUAUGUCCUGGGUAAAGUGAAAAAAAAUGUUUGUUUCACUCAAGACUUGUGGGUCUUACCCAUAGUCCUUCAGGCUUGCUUCUAGAGGUUAUUAAAGGACAAACACGUCUUUGAAACAGCAUGUGUUACAACUGAGAGUCCUAGCGUGACUAGCAGAUAUAAAUUGUAUGGAAGCAAUUAAAGCACAAGGAAAUGUCAUACUGGACAAAUUUGAAUCUAGAAACCCGUAGCUCUGAUUAAUACCUUUUCUUUCCUCCCUCUUCCCUUCUAGCUUUAUAUAAAGAAAGUCAUUUUGAAACGUCGAUUUAAUCAAUCCCAAAAGCUUUCUUAACAGCAGUGCCAGAUGUAUGGGCUUUUUCGUGAUUUAAUAUUUCAUUGAUCAUUGGAUUAAAUACUACGCCUCGGAUUGCCUUUUCCAUAGUUCAGCAAAGUCAAAUGAAAGCCAGUCAGCUUAUAUUUAAUACACUGGGAACAUUCAGAAGAAACAGUACAUUCAUAUUCUGGAUGAACAGUAUUAAAAUACCAAAGUUUGACUUGCGUUUACAAAUAGACGGUCAGAUCUGCAUCUACUAAAUUAAUGUGCACUUGUAAUAACAUGUAGAGUUUUUUACUCAAUCACCUUUAUAAAUGAAUGGCGUAUGGUUAAUGUAAAUUUGGGAAAUGUUCCUGCAACGAUUUCGAAAACCUUAUAAAAAUAUUAGAAGCCUGUAUUUUAUUUAGAGGCACUAUCUGUUUUGUUUAGAGAAAAAGCUUUGCAUGCACAAUAAAGAUGUGGGUGUAAAACAAGAUAAGCUGCUGGUGUAAAAGCAUAUUUACUAGGUCAAAAUUAAGCUUAAAGGCAUUUAAAUGUCUCCUUACUAUGCAUCAGACUUUGUGUUUGUUAUAAAAUAAAGGUUUUUUUCUUACGUGUUUUAAAGGAGCACUCUACAUUAAUAAAUGCAAUUUUUUUUAUGUAUAUGAAUAAUGCGUAGAAAAAGAAAAAGAAAAUGCAUAUUUUGUUUUUUAAAAGGGCUUUACCAAGUCCUAAAGUACUUAAAGAACUAAAAGCGCCCCAACCACCUAAUCUCAAAGUGGUCUGGUUGUAGUGGCCCUUUAGUUAUAACCAGCUUCUAGAAAAUGCAAUUUUUCCAUUGCAGGGUUCUACACAUCUCUUGUGGCUGUCUUCCUGACACCAAAAUUGUUAGAGUAAAAUUGUAGCAUUAGGAAUGCAUGUUUAUAUUAAAGCUAUGGUGUUCCUUUAACCGUGCAGUACCUGUAAAGCUGAUUUCUGCUGUAAAGUUGAUGCUUUGUUGCUCCAUGCAAAUGUCCUGGACAUUGUCCAAUCAAACGCUUCUAACAGAGAAGCAUUUGAUUGGACAACUAUCAGCCAAUCAACUCAUUUAAACUUUUCAUAAGUGAGCAGACCAAGCGUCAGCCAGGUGUAUGAGGAUUAGGAUUUGUGCUCUCAGACUGCGGACACACAACACAGGCAGCCUAAGCUAGCAGGCGCACUCAUAGUGCAGUGGCUGUCAGUGUAAAGUCUGUGAGUACGUCGUCAGCAUUCUGUGCACACAGAUAUUCAGUGCUAAAUUUGCACAAAUUGUGCAAAGACCACCUGGAACUCUAGUUGCACAAUGGUUGCUGCUUGCUUCCGGAGGUGUAGUUACACUUCUUCAAACAAAUUUAAAUCUGCAAAGUCCUUGCACCAUAACCACUAUGACAAGCAAAGUAUUAGUUGUUUAAACUUAAAGUAUCCUAUUAAGCUGUGUGCAUGUAUGUGUGUUGAUGUGCAGUAUCUAUGUAUCUUAAGGCUAUUAAAAUGCUAUAUAUGUUUAUAUCCACUACACCCCUUGAGCAAUGUACAACCACGUGUACAAAUGAACAAACAUAGUAUUUAGACUUUUUACAUGUCCUAACCACAUUUCAGCUAGAAUGGAAAUUAUGCAUAGGAUGACGGUGGCACUCUCUUUAUGAAUAAGAUUUAAAGCCAAAAAGCUGUAUUUAAGUUUAAAAACAAAUAGGAAUUACAUCAUGUCCAUCAGGUCUAUUUUUCAGUGUAUUCCUUGUGUUUUAUGUAAGUGUAUUUGAUCUGUAGCAUGUUUUGCGAGUGUGCUUGUGCCCCACUGUAUUAUCCAUAGCAUUUUGUAUUUCACCACUCACCUUAUUACUAUAUCAUUGUGCAGGUGAACACUUGCUCCUUGAUAUACUCCUUUUAUAUAUACAUACACACAAGCACAUACAGUUAUUUAGUAGCAUUUAUGGGACCUGUGGCGCAAUCCUUGGUGUCUUUUGUGUUCUCCAUAUUACCUUCUGUGAUGUUCUGUAGGGGAGUUGGGUUAUUAUUUACUGCGUUUAUGAUGUAAUGUGCAAUGUGCCUAAAUCAUAAUCACAAAACAUGUAAAGUCUACAUGACACAAUUUUCUGGAUGGAUUACUAAAACCUUCACCAUGUUUGGCCAUGUCAUUUGUACUUAUAAUAGUGUAAUAAGUGGAUAGAGGCAAGUUCCCGACCAAUGCUCUACUGCCCAUCAAUUUAUUAUUUAAAUCCAUUCAAGUACCUUUAACAUUCCAUAUGCCUUUUGAACCAGACCCAACUACAGUAUGGGAUUGUCUCGGGCUAGCUAGCUGUAAGCUGGCAGAACUAAUGGGAAUUGUAGUUCACAGUAAUGUGUUAAAAGGGCCAGGUUUAUUGCAGCCAGGGUAUAUUUAUCUUUUAACUUGUUCCAGGGAGGUUUUAUGUGUACGGGAAAGAAAACAAGACCAGCAAUAAUUAAAUGUGCAUUCUUUUGUGAAGCUGUAAGUGCUGUGUCGGAGUCUACUACAAAAGAUGGGCUGUUUUCCAGCUUGAAUUGGAUCCGUUUAUUCUCCUGAUUUUCUUUGUAUUGGAUCAGUCAUACAUUUCUAGAGGUUGAAAGCUAAGAAACAAUAAAUAAAAUACCAAAUGGAGGUUGUUUUGUGCUUAUUUAAUGCAGAGAACCAAUAUUUAGCACAGGGUAUUAUGGGAUUCUCACACAGCAGCAUUAUGGGAAAGAGGAAUGCCUGGUACCCAUUUAAUGGAGAAUUCUUACCAAAAACAAUGGCUUGUGUUGUGAUUUUAGGGCAGCGAUGUAGAAUGCAUGUUUCAUAAUGCGCUACAGUUCUGUUCAUAGGCACACCUAUUCUCAUUUAGACAUGUUAUUAAAGAGGUACAGACAACCUUCCAAAUGUAGCAAAAAAAAAUGACCUACUUUUAUAUCUGUUACUAAACAACAUGCCUUUACAUGUCUGUGUUUAUGAUUAUUCUUGGGUGGCACACAUAAGUCAACCAAACUUGAUUUGACAAAGCCCUGUUUAAGAAAUUAAAAAUAUUGAAAAUGUUUUUUUUUAUUUUUAUUAUUAAUCUCAGAUGAGAAUGUAAUUCCUUAAACAUUGAAUCACUUUAAACACAUCUGAUAUAAACUGUGCUAGUACGUACCACUACAUUCUUUCUGUUUUCAAAUUGUGUGUAAAACAAAAAAAAACAAAAAUAACAAAUUUGUUAUGUUUGUAAUGCAUACCGACUGAGAUAAAAAGCAACGAGUAGCACAAAUACCCUUAUUAGAAGCGUUGUCAGCAUCCACCACCACAGGGGUUAGAUCAUAAACCUACUUUCUGCCGAGAGACAUUAUUUCAGUUGCUUGCCAUUCAGCCACCUUUCAGGAAGUAAAUUGAAAAAUAUGUUGCAGACCUUAAAAAAAAAAAAAAAAAAGAUACCUUAUAAAAUACUGUACCGAAAGCAUAUGGUACCAAACAGACUCUAUUAAAUCUUUCCCCAUACCCCUUCCACAUGCUGGCGUUGCGGAGCGGAAGAGGGUACCACAUUACACGUAUAAUGGCAAUGUAUGGGCCUCCAAACCUGGAAAGUCCCCCACUUUGUAUACACCAAACUAAACCAGUACCUUUACUCUUUUUGCCUCAGACCUAUCUACUAUUAAUCUUACCUAAUUACCUACCACAACAUGUUUUAUUACUUAUUAUGAACAUAGCUCCCAACGACACGUAGCUGGAGCUUGGAAAACGAUACUGAUGAUACCAGCCCUAUAACGAGAAAUAGUUAUACAAUGCUUCUAUGAGCAACCUUUCCCAUCUAUAAUUUUGCGCUCACAGACUCUCUUAAGAACAAGGACACUGUGGGACACAUGGAAAUCGGGAGCUAGUGAUAUCUGUGUAUGGUAUAGAUGCAUUUUAACACCAUUGGCCUUCUGUUUAACCUGUACACAGUUGUAACAGUUACUAGUAGCCAAUGUAUCACUGCUAAGUCUCACUGAAUGCCAAUGUGACCUCUUCAUCUGACAAACUAACAUGCGGAGAGUUAACUCUAUCUUAAACACUGUACGUACUUGAUCCUUAUGCUAAAUAUGUGUGCUGCCCACCCAUCCUGUUUUCUGUACCCCUCUCCAUUUGUUUUGAAAAUCAAUAAACUCCUCAAAUAGAAACAAAAUUGAUAGGGUCAUGGUAAAUAAAAAGGGAGUGACAAAGGGUAUGACAAAGUAGAACAUUUUAUGUUUUAUUGAAUCCCAAGUUUCCAUGUUCUCACAGACUUAAAGCAGGGUUUUUGAACCCAGAAGAAUGAUAAUAUUGUUAGACUACAUCUUUAGUUGUCCAACUUUGAGAAAAGUGACAUUGAAACUGUUUGCAUGCCCAUGAUAUUUGGUAAAUAUGUUAUGGAUGUUUUGUUUGAUAAAUUCUUGAAAUGUUAUACAACUUAAAUAAUGAUAGAUGUAUCAGAUACAGAAUACUACAGAAUGAGUGAGCUAUGCAUAACACGUUGGUAAUAAGUGCAGUCCUCUUCAACAAUAACUGGGACCUUGCUUGUUCUGGGGAAGGUUUUCAGCAAUUCUUAUAUGAAGGUCUAGUGAACAUCACAAUUAUUAGAUUUAUAAAUAGGUUAAUGAUAUAUUGAGCUCUCCAAAGCAAAACUACAAACAGGAUUCCAUAUAGUCUUCUGACCGUUGUCUGUUCUUUGACAUCAUGUGGCUUUAAGUCAGACCUGAUUUAUCAAGCAGUCUUAGGCAUCUUAGUGUGUCUGGCAGAGAAUUCUGAAACAUGUUGUGUAUGAACAUUUUAUACUAAAUGACAGGAAAUUUAGAAGUGAGACUGUAGGGACAUGAUCUAUACACAAAAACCUCUUUGGUUGGUUUUGCGACUACAUUGUCGUUAUAAUUUUUACACACCUUUGCUCUAGUCUGGAUAAUUAGAUUGUAUAUCAAACUCCACAACUUUCAGCAUUAGUUUAUCACUAAGUUUAUAAUACUCUUUUUUUGAUGCAUGCAUAGUUUUCACAAUUCGAUAAUAAACAAUUUUAGAGAUGCAUGCCAAACUGCAUUUAUUUUAAUUAUCUUGCUUUAUUUUAGACUAGUUUUUAAAACAUAUAUAUAUAUAUAUAUAUAUAUAUAUAUAUAUAUAGAUAUGUCUCUCCCACUGAAUGUUAAAUAUACUUGAUUACCUCAUUUAAAUAACUAAAUAUCAAGUAAGGAGGCGGGAGAAAACGCCCCAGUAUUAAGCGACAAUGAACUCGUGCCAGUCUCUGUGCGGGAGCUAAACCAGCACCUCCGCGGUCUAUCCAAAGAAGAUAUCAUCCCUCUGAAGCAGCGUCGGCGUGCACUAAAAAGCCGCGGUUACGCUGCCAGCUGCAGAGUAAAAUGAGUCACUUUGGAAGAAGACUGUCCAGCCAACCCAAUUUCACACUUUUAAUGCUCUCCUUUGCCCUGUUGCUCCUCCUCAUCCUACCGCCUUGUCCGCUUCAAAAUUUGCAACUCACUUCACUAAGAUGAUUUCUUUAAUGAGGAAAGAGAUCUCUAACCUCUCUCUCUCUCUCCCCUUCCAAUAUAUCACCCAACCCCACUGCCUUCUCUGUUCUAUGCUCAUUCGCACCUACUACAAUGGAAGAGGUUUCUGCUCUGCUCCGGUCCUCCUGCCCCACCGCCUGUUCCCUCGAUCCUAUUCACUCAUAUCUAAUCCGCCAUCUGUUUCCCUCUCUUGCUCUUCUUAUUACUAAAAUUUUCAAUCUCUCCCUUUCCUCCGGCACAUUUCCUUCACCCUUCAAGCAUGUAACCAUAACGCCGAUUCUGAAAAAGCCCAAUCUUGAGCCCAACUCCCCAUCCAACCACCUCCCUAUAUCGCUACUGCCAAGAUCCUUGAGAGAGUUGUGUAUGCGAGAUUGGCAGACUUUCUUUGAAUCCAACUCUGUGCUUGACCCGCUUCAGUCUGGAUUCUGCGCUCGUCACUCUGUUGAAACAGCUGUGACCAAAGUAUCCAACAAUUUAAUCGCUGCUAAAUCCUGCAGCCAUUAUUCUAAUUCUCCUUGAUCUUUCUACUGCCUUUAAUACUGUUGAUCAUCAACAGCUUUUUAUCAUUCUCCGUAAUCUCGGUCUACAAGAUAUUGCUCUUUCCUGGUGCUCCUCCUACCUCUCCCAGCGCUCUUUCAGUGUUUCUUUCUCUGGUUCUGCCUCUUUUACCCAACCCCUCUCUGUUGGUGUUUCCCAAGGUUCUGUCUUUGGUCCCCUACUGUUCUCUGUCUAUACUGCCUCCCUUGGUAAACUCAUCAGCUCGUUUGGCUUUCUUGUAUCAUUUAUAUGAGAUGACAUACAAAUCUACCUGUCCUCUCCUGAUCUCUCACCCAUCUUGACUCCUGUCUAUGACUGCCUCUCUGCGAUUUCCAACUGGAUGGCUGCUCACUUCCUUAAACUCAACCUGUCCAAAACAGAGCUUCUGGUCUUCCCUCCCUCAAGUGUUGCUACUCCCGUGUCUCCCUUCAUCCAAGUCAACGGCGCCACCGUCACCUCUACGUUGUAAGCUCGCUGCCUAGGUGUUCUCUUUGACUCUGACCUCUCCUUCACCCAUCAUGUACAGUCGAUUGCCAAAAUCUGCCGCUUCCAUCUCAAAAACAUAGCUCGCAUCCGCCCUUAUUUAAAACACCAGACACCACUAAGGUGCUGGUCCAUGCUCUUGUUCUUUCUCACCUUGACUACUGCAAUCCCCUUCUCAGUGGUCUUACAUGCUCCCAGAUUGCACUGCUGCAAUCUAUAACAAAUGCACAUUUUCUGUGGAACUUUCUUCCCUUCUCCAUUAGACUUUCACCCUGUUUCCACUUCAAAAAAAUCUUUGAAAACAUACUUCUUCAGGAAAGCAUAUCAUAUAAACUGUUAGUGGGUUUAGAUCCCCCCCCAUGACUCUUCUCCUGCAACUGUCAAUAAUAACCUACUAAGUUCUCAGUGAAUACUUUUCUAGCAACCUAUUUCAUUACCCCUACUUAAUACCCUUUGUGUCACUAUAACCCACUGCCUCUAGCAUGUAAGCUCAUUGAGCAAGGCCUUCAACCCCUCUGUUCCUGUGCGUCGAUUUGUCUGGUUACAAUUAUGUGUCUGUUAGUCCACUCAUUGUACAGCGCUACGGAAUUUGCUGGCGCUAUAUAAAUAAUAAAAUAAUAAUAAAUAAAUGAAGAUUGUGUGAACAUUUUGAAAAUGCUCAGUUAUGUUUACUUACAAAGUUCUUUAUCUCCUGUUGAACCAGAAGCAUGUUUAUUCCUGCCUGAGGGCAAUUUUGAUAGUCUCUGGUGGGGGAGAAUGCUGUUUAAUGUAAAGGAACAAAGUGGCCUCUAUUGUAAUGUUAGAAAAGGAUGUCCCUGCCCCCACCACCUCUAUAAGCUAGUAAGAAUGGAGCAGACCUUUUUUGUUUUACCAUUAUGAGACAGAGAAACAGUCUCCACUUUCAAAUUAUCUGUCCCUCUCCCUCUUUAUGAUGUUUUUGCAUCAACAGAUCUUUCCUUCUCUCUGUCCCUCUAUCUUUAUGACUGUUUGUUGACAUACAGUACUAUAUAAUAGCUUCAAAGCAACCUGCUUAUCUAUAUAGUACUCUACCAGUUGUAAACAAUACUGUAAGAUAAGGAAGCCCCUCUUUUCUAGUGCAAGAACUGUGUACAUGACUCACCAAGUUACUGGCAUUUAGAUCAAUUACAGACCCUUUCAUCACAUUUAUUAAGUUUUGACAAAUAUAUCAUCACAGUGUAGGCUGAUGGUAUUAAAUAAUUGUACCUGGAAUACCCUCAAGGCAAACAGAUGAUCCAAAAACCAUCUUCAGCAUUGCGAGUUUGCUGGCUUUAAGUCAUGAUACACUGCUAAACAUAUUCUUGGAUAAAACCUGCCUGUUUUUCGUGACGGCUGAUGAAAACAGGCGUCUUUUUGCAUGAUGCGCAAUAGAUGAUAUGACACCAUAUUGCACAUUCGUGUGUUUGUAUAUGUUUGCAUGUUUAAAGAAGUGCUUGUUUCCAUAAUAUAGAGAGUUACAUGUGUUUCUGUAUAACAGGUGUGCAUAUUCCUACCUAAAAAGGCGCUUGUAUGUGUUCAUGUAUGAAGACUUGUGCCUUUCGUAUGCGGAAAGAUAGAUAUAAAAACUUAUAUACAGACAAAUGUGUAACAACGAAUAAUUACGUAUACAACAUUUCCUUACAUUCCUACAUGUUUUUCCAAUUAUGUGUGCAAUAUCUAUCAUCAAGGACUUGAACAACAUCACUUGCUAUAGAAAACUUGUUUACUCAACAUAAAUUGUGAUAACGUCAAUAUUUGAGUAUUUAUUUAUUCAUGCAUUUAGACUGGAAGAAAGGAGAUUUAGUCUAAGACAAAGGAAAGGGUUUUUUACACUAAGAACAAUAAGCAUGUGGAAUUCUCUGCCUGAAGAGGUGGUUUUAUCAGAGUCUGUACAGGUGUUUAGACAAAAUUGGAAAACACUGGGGUGGGGGUUGCCUUUUUUGGAGUUAACAGCAAAGAUGUGAGAAAGGCUGAACUUGACGCAUCUAUUUUCUCCUAUGUAACUACUUAAAGGAUCACUAUAGGGUCAGGAACACAAACCUGUAUCCCUGACCCUAUAGUGUUAAAACCACCAUCUAGCCUCCAUGGGCCCCUCAUGCCUCCAUAAAUAUAGCAAAUCUUACUGUAUUGAAGCCAGAAGCUGUAGCUCUGCAUGCUGUUUGCCUCAAAAAAACAAAACAAAACAAGCAGUCUGCUGACAUCAUCAGAAGUGGUAGCCUGAUCCAAUUACAAUGCUUCUUCAUAGGAUUGGCUGAGACUGACAAGGAGGCAGAUCAGGGGCAGAGCCAGCAUGAUUCAAACACAGCCCUGGCCAAUCAGCAUCUCCUCAUAUAGAUGAAUUGAAUCAAUGAAUCUCUAUGAGGAAAGUUCAGUGUCUGCAUGCAGAGGGUGGAGAUACUGAAUGUUUGGAUGCAUUUUAGGCAGCCAUGACCCAGGAAGGAUCUCUAACAGCUAUCUGAGGAGUGGCCAGUGAAGUUAUUACUAGGCUGUAAUGUAAACACUGCAUUUUCUCUGAAAGGCAGUGUUUGCAGCAAAAAGCCUGAAGGUAAUGAUUCUACUCACCAGAACAAAUACAAUAAGCUGUAGUUGUUCUGGUGACUAUAGUGUGCCUUUAACUGUUCAUAUGUAGUGUUUUACAAUUUAUGCAAAAACCAUUGGUAAUUAUACAAACGGGAUAAAUAAUUGACACACUUGUAACAUUUGGGAAAUUAUUGGUGGUCACUCCUUCACAGUUGAUAUGUAAUGACAAAAAUAGGAAUACAGUGGGGAGAAUGAUAGUGUAGUAUAUCCUGUAGAUCUGGGCUGAAGCAAGAAUCACACAUACGUCUAAGUCUUAAUUUCUUUCUUUCUUCACUAUCAUCCUCCCUUCUGUGUUCCGAUUGAUAUCGUUUUAUAUCAGCUAAAUUAAGAACUGUGAGGAUCCAACCACCACUUCUUCCGCAGGUCUCCACUAUCAGCCAGAAUAGAAAGAUCCCUGGCCUGUUACCUCCAGUGUACUUUCCUGCGUCGGACCAUUUGUAUUGUAUAUUUCUACACUUUUACAUUUGCCUGUGUAACUCGACAUGCUGUUUAAUACCCUGUACAGUUAUACCAACUUUGUUUUUCAUGACUUUGUGUUGAAAACGUGUUUACUAAGCAGGAAGUGUUUGCUCUUCUUUUUCUAAUAAUCCAGGAAAGGAAAGCAGAUUAGCCAUAUUUAUUUGCAGGAAACUUAAACUCUGUAUUGAGCAGGGCAGUUUGUUAAAGAACAAGAGGUACUAGUUGUAUAGGGGAAGCUUCUUUAGAUAAGACUUGUUACAAUAACAGGUGCUGUGCUUCUGAUAAUCUGGGAAGUUCUCAACAUUCGAAGUUCAAAAAGAUGUUUUAGCAGCAUGAAUCGUUUAUGUUCACAUUAUGAGCUGAUCCUAAUCCAUGUCUCAGUGUGGCAUAAAAUGUACCAGAUGCUCUCAUGAAAUGGUCUGAUGUAGCCCAGGUUUUCAUCACCGCGGUCUAUAAAUAAGGGCUUCUCUCUCCUUUUUUGAUCUUUAGAAGUAUUUUUAGCCUACAUAAAAAAAACUGUGAAAACUUGCACGGAAGGAUAGCUCUCUCACUGCUUUAUAUCAGUUCUCUAUAAAGUGGAACGGCGCUUAUCAUAAUAGACAAUUUAAUUGGAGAUAACAGGUUUUUGGGUUGCCACAAGUAUUUAAAAGAGAAGCCCUGGUGUGUAUUUGCUCCCGCCUUUCAUUGACUACAUUUACCAUGAUGCACUCCUUUGGCACUCCAACUCUUUAUAUCUGCACACGUGUAUUAUGCAAACACAAACAUGCACAUAUUAACAUUUUAACUCCUGUUUAAGUACAUCCCCUCAUUCUUAGUUAUCCUAACCAGCCUUAGGUGCUUACGUAUUGUGCCUUUUUAGUUAUUUUAUUUUGAAACUGUCACAAUGGGAAGAAAUUUAUUAAAUGCACACCUGAUCAUUCCAUAUGGUAAUGUAGCUUCAUCAAUAUUAUUUUUGGGUAUACAUUACAUUUCAGUGUGCUUCAAAGCUUCCUGUUUUUCCUAGGAAAAUGAAUCAGUCCUCUGCUUAUUUAAGAUAAAACUGGCAAUUAUAUUGUUCUUUCGGAACUUAAUUUGGCAAGAAGUGGAUGGACUCAUGAGUCAAUAUCCUGUGCUAGUUUCAAUGUAGUUUGUGCCCAAAAUGCAACUACACACCAUAAAUUUGCGUAAUGCUUAAUGUGCACUUUUCUAUAAAAUGCAUUUAGUGUGUGCUUACUAUUCUGGUUUGUGGGACCCUGAAAUCCUCCUGAAAAGGACUCUCAGUUCUGACAGUACUUUUGAAUUGCAAUAAUUUGUGUUAAUUUUAGUGCUCUGUCACCUACGUCUGUGGAGUUGGGAGCGCCACCCUACUAAAGGCCUGCUCAUUGGUUGAUGACAUUGCUGAGCGCUCUCAGCUAAUGAGCAAAGCCCUGCACUGCUGGACUUAGCUUAAUGCUGGACCUUCCAGAGGCACAAAAAUUGAAUAGGGUGAAUUGUCAGAAAUUCUAAAUUACUUUAAAAUGAAUUUCAAGCUUUAAGACAAAAUAAGUAAAAAAAAAAAAAAAAAAUCUAUUUUUUUACAGUAAAUUAAUGGUCACUUACUUUUUAUGUAAAAUAUGAUCAAACAAGGCAGGAGUUUUGUAAUAUAAUAAUAAUAAUAAAAAAACAGUCCUACUUUAUAUAAAUGUAUAAAGAUUUUAUAUUCAUUUUUAUUUUGCUAUAUCCAAACUACAUAAAAAAAAAAGUUUACAUUAUUUUUCUUUUUUAUUUGACACACAAUUCAACCAUAAAAAACAAAUCGGAAGAAAAUAUAUUAUAAAUACUGCAAUUCGUGCGGUUUCUAAGUUUAGAACCUACAGUUUGGCAACACUAGUUUCUCUGAACUAGCCAAUAAUGAAUUUGUUUUUAGAUAUGAAUGAUUAAACUAUGUUGCAUGCUCAGCUUUUAACACUGAUGUGCUGAUAGUUAAGAUGUAAUAUAGAAUAGACGGUAGUACUUCUUACUAGCCCAGCCUAAAUCCCUCGUGCAGUUUCAAUUUCCUCAGGUUUAGGCCUCACUAGAAAACGCAGACACAGUCUGGGGCUAUUUACAAUUUCUUUUUUAAGACAUUCCUACAAGGUGAAUCUAUUACAGACUGGGACAGUCAUUUAAAUAAUACUACAAUUUAAAAGCUAUAAUUCAUUGCUGUAUACAGUGGAUUCUUGUGAUCUUUAUGGUAAUGAGAAUAGAUAAUGUCUGUGUAUCUUACAUUUCUUCAGAUUGAGGUCUGCAUAAAAAAAAUAAAAAAUAGUGCAGUCCUAUAAAGUGAGGUUUGUUACCAGUAAACUCCAGCAGACAUACUUUCUUUAUCUUGGACAGGGAGCAGUUGGGGCAAAAACUGUUUUUUGAAAGCAGAUCUUGCUUUUUCAUGUGUUUUUCAUGGCAAUAAACCAUUUUUUCCAGCCGUUUGCAAACAGUGUCUGUCUAGCAGGAUUUCCUGGAUACAGCAGACAGUGGAAUAGCAGAGGGCCAAGUUUUUGAACUUUUAGUGAUUAAACCCGGUUAUUGACGCGGCUCAUUUCUUUAUGGGAUAUGAUCAGAUUAUUAUAAGUGGAUAAGAUGACAAUAAGAAAAUCUCUUUAUUAAAGAGCGAUUGCAAAACAGACAUCAAUAAAAAGACACAGGCUUUAUGGUAAUUCAAACAUCAUAUUGCAAAACAGUUUAUUGUGUCUAAAGCACCAACAUAUUCAAUAGCAUUGAACAAUGAGUGCACAUGGGAUACAGGUAAUUGUGACAAAACAAGUUCCGCAUAGGGGAAGAAGAGGUGAUGAGGGCUGAGUUUAUAGACUUAAGAAAAAAGGUACAUAAUUGCAGUAAAGGUAAAAGGUAACAUUCCAGGUUUCCAGAUGAAGAUUGCCAACUGUGCUAGCAAUAUUAGUUAGGGAAGAUUAAUUGAUUAGGUUGCUAGGAGCAUUUAUCAUAUUCAGAAAUGAUGCAAAUGUUUUAACGUACAAUGAGAGUAGAGAAUGAGGUGAAAUAGGAUUAGUCAAGCAGUAGAGGGGUGUUGGUUAGGGUGGUGUGCAGUUCUACAAAAUAAAUUAUUAGCAUUGUUCUUGUUACCUUGUAACUGUUUUGCAAAUAUUUACUAUAGCAUGGAUUAACAUGCGUUUUGUGUAAAAAAAAAAAAAAAGCUAAAUAUGAAUAGAUAAAAUAAAUUACUGCCAUCUGUUUACUAUCUUAGUAAAAUCAACCAAUGCAAUUUUUUUUUUUAAAUUCAUUUAUUGUGACAUUUCUAAGGAAGCCACUUGCCUAUCAUUCCCACUCCCUGACAGCAAUCUUUACACACCUUGUUUAGGACUGCCUGUUAUCUCAGCCACUGCUAAAAGUGUGAUGACAAAGUCUGUAUUGUAUUUAUUGUUGCCGCCAUUACCUGAAAUAUCUGCAAAGGGAAUUGUACAUAGUUUGUAAACUAUAUUAAAAUAUGAAAGGUACAUGGGGCAUGCACAUACCUUAAUUUGUAAUUGUAAUGGAAAUUAACACAAGGUGUUGUUUAUUUUUAAAGAGCUAUUUUCACUAAAAUCAAUCUUUUGUCACCAUAAACAAAAAAACACAUUCUCCCCCUCCCCUCUUUUUUUUCCAGUAGUAGAAUUUAUUUUUGCAUAAACUUCUUUUGCUGUUAAGUAAAUUUGCUCUUUCCCCCCUCUUCACUGUCAUUAGGUAUAAAGUCUUAUUUGUGCUGACAUAACCGAUCACUGUGUAGCAAAUAACUAUCAUGUUUGUGUUUUUGUGCAGUGUGGGCUAACUUUUGGCGCUGCCUAUUUUGAGGACAGCCUUUCUUGUGAUCCCCAGAAAGCCGGGCAUCAUGGGAGAUGUAGUUAUCCUAGCUGCGUUUCCAAAGAUUACCUAUUGCUAAAAGUGAAUGGGAGCGUUUUUUUAAUUUUUUUUUUAUUUCAUAGACAUAGUAAAAAUGUGUAGCAGGCUGCCAUGGCUACUAAAAUGGUUCUUUGGCAUCCAAUUCUUUCUUCUGUAUCACAUUUCCUGAUGGUGUUUUCUUUACAAGAUCGUAACUCAAGUUCAUUACUGAAAAACAAGUUACUUGCUUAACUCUGAACUGAUUUGUUGUUGUGUGCGUUUGUGCAUUGCUGCUGGUGUGCUGCGGCCUAUUUAUUACUAUUGAAAAUCAGGAUUAGCUUUUUAGUGACAGACAGUUGAAUGAUUUGCAGCCUGCACAGCACCUCUUGAAUCCUGCAGUGAAGUAUUUAUAUUUAAAAAAAUUUUUAAAGCUGUGAAAUGAAUUACUGUUGCUGUAGUGCGAAGACCUGCACAAAUGCAUCUGGAGCUAUCGUGUUAAUUUUCCACAGAAAUAACUGGCUCUGUCAAAUAGCUGAACUCUGAAAGACCUCUUAUAUUAUCUACUGGAAACUCUGACUACAGGGAGAAAUCAGUUUGUCACCAAUUUGGAAAUAGUACUUCUACAGGCAACAUGAAUGCAACCAGGGUAUCUCUCACUAGACACUUGGCCACUCAGUUAACCUCAUAUGUGCUGAAGGAAAAUGAAAGCCAAUAUAAAACCAUAACCAAAAAUCACAAUACUAUGAUAUAUGCCCACUUGCUUUAAAGGAACACUGUUCUCAAUAGUUCGGAAGAGGUCAUGUGCAGCUAAACAAUAAUCUCAAGUUUUUCUUCUAAACAACAAAGUCAGCUCUAUAAAUCUGUGUUUGUUUUCUUCCAUAUACAAGCUUUAGAAUAUGUUAAUAAUAUUAAGGGUCAAUGCAACUAUUCCCUAAUCCUAAAUCGCUAAAAUGGAAACCAUUAAGUUGGGUUAGAUAGUAAUAUCUUUUAAUUAUCUGACAUUUUGUCUAAUAUCAAGAGUGCAUAUGCAUAGUUAAAGUGUUUUAAACUGUCUAUGUAGAAAAUAAAAGAGCUAUGUAUUAUAUGUUGUGCUAACAAAUCAGUGUUAGAUGUAGUAAUUAAAAGGUAUUAUGUGAUAUUUACUGUAUCAUAAAAACCAAAUGUAGUGACAUUUUGAGAGCAUUUUUCACAAGCUUGCAAUCUGAUGAACAUUGCCCCUGGGUAUGCCCCUGAGCAUGUAUAUAUGCAGACUGGUCUAAUCAGAAUAUAAUUCUUUAAAAGCACUGACUUUAUGGCAACAAGAUUCCACCAAGUCGAGCCAUCAAGGAAAUUUGCAUCCAUCUAUCCAUCCAUCCAUCUAUCUAUCCAUGUUUUUCCAAUAAUAUUGUAAUAUUGUUCAAGAACUGCAAGCUGGUUCAUCAAAGGAAACUCGUUGCAAUAUCAUUAUUAGCCUGAUGAAUACAUUUAUACAAAUGAGUCCCAGACAUUCUGGUCUGUUUUCCAUAGGGAAAUUGUCUGUUUCAACCACUUUCUUUUUAUUCUUUCUCUGGGCUCCUUCCAGAUCUUAAAUGUUAAAUUACCAAUAGAAAUCAAAGGGGGUUUUGUUUCCAUUUAUGUCAUUGCUUACAGUGUUAGGUCUGGAGCAUUCUGUAUACUAACAAUGAACUCAGUCAAUAGAAAGGGCUUUAGCUAGAUGUCUUUAACUCUUCUGUAAGAAGUGGACUUUGAACCUUAACCCUUUAAAUACGAGGAGCUGAACAAAGCCUUUUACCUUUGAGAAAUGUAAAAUAUAUUAGCAUUAAUAACUGAUCUAUAAUGUUCUGUCUUUCUGGUAGUAUUUCAUGACAUUUAACAAAGUAAUCAAAAUCCAAAGUUUUAAAACCUUUUUAGAAACAUAGAAACAUAGACUGUGACUGCAGAUAAGAACCAUUCGGCCCAUCUAGUCUGCCCAAUUUUCUAAAUACUUUCAUUAGUCCCUAGUCUUAUCUUAUAGUUAUAGUUUUUUAAACUUUCAAAGUCAUAAAAGCUUAUUGUUUAAAAAAACAGGCCUAAAUUGUGAUUUCAUUGUUAAUCACACAAUGUCAAGCUUUAUAGGCCAGUGUCAUAAGGUUAGUAACAAAAAUCAAUCGUUGGAACAGGUUGAAAUUUACAGGCAGUUAAGUACUUUCAUGAUUCUAAUAUGGCACAGGUGUAUCACACUUUGGCCCCAUUUCUGGCUCCACAAUAACUUCAUCUCAAUUAAUAUUUCUCGGACUACCAUUGGCCAUCAAGCCACUUCUUCUCUGUUAGAGCCGUCAAAGGCAAUGUAGAAGAGGCUGCAUGAUGGGCAAUUGGUGACAGAACUUUGGUGUCACUGUGUGUGGGGGGUUUUCUGCUACUCUGUUAUUUGAUUAUGAUAUCAGUUUGUGUAUUUAUUAUGUUAUCAAUUUUAUUUGCAGUGCAUAUUUGUCUUUCAAAUUAACGAAUGAGGAAUUGUUGCUUCUACAUGACAUGUUAAGGGAGAUGUUUGUGGUGUUCGUUCUCUUAAUGUGUCCUGACACGUAUUCAUUUUUGGGAUUUUGGUUAUUUGUUAGAAAAGCUUUUCGAAGUCGUUAGAAGUGUCAGAGGUUUUCAAUAGUCCUGAUAAAGUGUCACUAACGCCUCUUCAGCAAGGUUGUGUUUGUCAGAACUUCCAUGCUUAGGCCAAGGUAUAGUGCCCUGUUUUACAGAUUAGGCAAAGGUAAACAUGUCGUUUAACAGUAGGAUUCUGAGUAUUGUGACAUUGUUAACAGCUCAUGAAAAAAUGGUCAGACAGUUUUUACCUUUAAAAACAAAUUAACUAUACAGCAUAGGUCAGGUAGCAUUAGAUUGUACUGUCCCUCAUACUAAAUUUGAGGAACAAAACCAAUCUUUUAUUUCAAAGUGGGAAUACCCAUCAGUUGCCGUUUAGUAGCCUUCCCUUGCAGUUAGUGACUGCAUCCAAGAGAAAAGUCUUGCUUGCUAAAGUUAGAAAGGAAAGCUUGACAGUUGUGUUUAGAAACGGUGCAAGGUUCCCACCAGUUGUUUUCAAGGGUAUAAAGAGGAGCCACCCAGAGUUCUUUGCAGCAGCUGUAAAUGUGGGACGGCGUGAACAAGUUUAUAAUGUGUGCCAACAAAGUAUUUUAAGAGCAAACUAAGAAUAGACACAAACAAGUCUCUGCUUUGGAAUCUUCACAUCCCUUAAUGCUGGGACACUGCAGUCUAAUGAGGUUAAACUGGAUCUCCACAUCUUUCAACGGGAGUGACUGUAAUACGCUUUAUAUCACAGUAAUCCUUCCUCUGAUGUACAGUUUACACAGGACACUUAAAUGGUUAAAUAUGAGCAAUCUCAAGUACAGAACAAUAUGUGUGUAUUUACAUAAAAGAUGCUCUCUAAAAUAUCUAGAUAACAAUUACACGUUUUUUUGCAUCCAAUCCCUGGCCAUUUUCUCUCCCCCUCCCCCAUCCAAAGCGGACCUUGUAGAAGGAGCUUUCCUUUACAAUAGUAGCCUUGUUCUUACUUUGCAGUAGAGGCGUCGCAAGCAGUUGAAUAUCCCGGCCUUUCUACUUAUUUCUAACCUUAGCAGUCGAACAUUUAUGACCGUAAAUUGUAUUGAGACAAGUCUUCAACUCUUGAUGUAAUUCCAAUUUUAUUUCUUCUGCAGGUUCUGGGUCACUUUUGUGAUUUUUGUGACUCCCAUAAUUGUGUAAAAUUACUACAUAGACUGGAAAAAGAACAAGGGGACAGAUGAUUGAUUAAUAUGGGGAGAGCAGAUUAUGUUGUCCGAUUUUUUUUUUUUAAUAUUGUGUUUGUUUUAGAAUAGCCCCAAAUUUUUACUCCUCCCUACAUAGUACAGAGAUUAUCUUACAAUACAGAAAGCGAAGCAUAAUACAGAGAUACUCAUAUAAAAAACAAGCUGGGCACACCGUAAAGAUAUCUCUAAAAUACAAAGCGAUACGGAAUAAGUUGACGCUAUAUAAAUACCAAUAAUAAUAAAAAUAAUACAGAUAUACCGUACCACAAACAGGGCCGAGCAACAUACGCUAUAAAAAUAGAUGUUUUACACAAUGCUGGGCACAACACGAAGAUACAUAUGCAAUUCACAGAGCUGAGAAGUCUACAGAGGUACCCAUACAACAGGUAGAACUGAGUAAAAUGCAGAAAAAUAACACAGAACGGGACUCAACAAGGAGAUACCUCUAACUAGCAUGCCUCCACUCAUGAGCAGCUGGCUCUACUGACCGAUUGACAACUCAAUGGAAAAUCCUGAAAUGUAUUUUUAAAGGACACUAGGCAUGUGCAAAACCAGCUGGUACAGGGCAGAUUUGAAACCAACCACACUUUUUGCCAAGCUGCUCUCAAGCCUCUCUAAACAGCUACCAAUGAGGGGUUUCAUUCUUGAUGUUUGUCAGUGAGAUAAACUUGGAUAUCUUCAUGAUUCGUCAAUUCUGAAGAUUCAGAGGGGGUUUCACUAAUAACUGUAGUAUUGCAGAAACUGCUCCCCCAGUCAAAGUUUCUUCUGUGGCUCUUUGCUACUUUUAUUUGUGUUUUGUUAACAUUUAAAACAAUGUUGGUCUAUUUUAACUGUAAAGUUCAUUUUUUUUCUUGUGCUAGUAUUUCCUGAAUGUUUUACUUUCAAUCUAAAGCAGGAUUGUUACAGAGUAUCAAAUAAUGUUCAUUUCAUUAGAGUGUCAAGUUUAGGUAGAACAGUAUUUGAUUUUUAAAGCGCUACUAGGGACUACUUGUUUCAGUAUUUCUCCUACGCCUGACACAUCUAGACACUGGGCCACCAUAUAGAAAUAUCAAACCCCUCAGUUGUCAACAAUAAUGGCUCCAGGGAAUUGGCUUUAUGUUUGGAGGGUCCUGUGUGCUCGCAGGAUCCUCCAUAGACCUCAAUGCUGUACACACGCACAUCGCAAGAGUUCAGCAGUGACAUUGGCUCCUGAGGGAAAAGUUCAGAUAAGUAGAACUCACCUUUGCCUGCUCCCUCUCAACACUGGAGCCUCAGCAGUGAUAUCACCGUCUGGGGUCUUUGCAAAUUCUGCAAAGUCCAUCGAUGAUGAUAGUGCCACUUUAACCUGAUAAAAUAUCAAAUUUUAUUUUCUAUUAGUUGGAAGCCCCAUACAUGGGGGGGAAAAAAUAUAAUUUUUUUUCUUUUUAGCUGUGUAUAUUGUUUUCUGUGGUGAUUAGGGAAACAUAUAUUAAAACAGAAGACGUUUAUGAUGGGUUUGUACCAAAUGAGGCUGAAGGCUGUGUAGGAUUAUUGCCUGGAGAUGCACCCUAUAUUGUUUUUUUUGGCUCAAGUGAAGAAGCCUGAUAUUGGAACUUGGCAUUAAAUGCUGGCCUUUGAGUUAAAAAAUCCCAUUCAGUAAAAUAUGAACAUUCAUUUCUGUUCUCAAAAACUAGACUUCCAUGACACUUGGUUCACUUAUAAGAUCUUCCUGGAUGCUUCUGGCAAUCAUGCCUGAAUCCUCUAAGCGUAAAAAACUUGUGUUAUAUUUCAAAGGUUUCCAGCUACACACUCCUCUUUGUCCUCCAGCAAUUUAAAUGGAAUAUGAGGAACACUUAAUUAGGAAAUGUGGUUGGUGGUUGAAUGGGCUGGACAUUACAGAGAACUAUAAAGUGACAUCAUGACCUGUUUAUAGUAAUUUAUGCAAAUACAUAGAUUAUUAAGAAAUAGGAUAUUUCAUUUACACAAACUAUUUACAUACACGUCCUGUCUGUAUUAAGAUGCAACAUUGUGUAGCUCUGUGAGAUACUGAUAUAACACACCAGGAAAAGCACAUUUGUGCAGAAUGAAUUGGGUCACUGAGAAGGACUGUCCCACCAAGAGGUGAACACUUUGAUUAUUUGGUUUAAAGGUUUACUCCAACCUCCAUGACCACAUCAGUGGUUUGAAGUGGUCAUGAUGCCUAAAGUCUAUAUGUGCAGAUUUUCACUUUGAAGCGCUGCACAUACAGAUAAAAUAUUUACAAUAUUGGUUCCUAGCGCAUAUAGUUAAAGGCAGCUCAAAAUCCCAAACCAGAGUCUCUCUAUUCUGGUCCAAAAGAAAAUGUGUAUAAUAGAAAGCCAAUUUUAAUGAAAUUACUGUGGUUUAAGUAAAGUUAUAUAUGCACCGGACUCUUAUCAUGAAAGUGAGAAUAUUCAGGAGUUCAAAUUGAAUUAAAAUGAAAGGCCAUAGUAACUGAACUUAAACUUAAAAAAUUCUCACCUUGGUGUAUUUUCAAAGGUAGAAGCAAUCUUGGUAGUAGUUGAAUACAUAAAAGAAAAAAAAGAAAAAUAUAGUGUAGUAUGUUUUGUAUAUGAUAAUUCAGAGUAAGAUCAAAACUUACUUGAGAAGCUCUACUUUGUUGUGCUUGGGCGGUAUAAUCCACCCCUAAGGCUUUUUCAAAAGUGUUCAAACGCUUGGAGCCUCUAUAGACAAUCCCCUUUUCCCUACUGCCAUCCCUAGCACCAGCUGUGGGAAAUGCCAAAAACGUGACAUCAUUACCUCCUCCUAUUGUCACGUUUUGUAAUUUGUAAGACAUAUACAUAUUCCUUAAUUAGUCCCUACUUUGUUUUAUGAUAUCUUUUGACUGUGUUGUAAUUUCAGUGAAAUACCAAUACAGUCGAAUUGUUAGAUGCUUCCGUUUUCCGUUAAAAUGCUAGAUUUCACCAUGUAUAAUUCUAAUGGACUGCAACUAAACAUCUGUUUUCACACUUUGAUGUUUUCAUUUUUUACCUAGAAACACAUCAGUCCUAAAAUCCAAAUAGUCAUGUUGGUAGUUAGUAAAAAAAUUAAAAAAUUUAAAAAAAGGGGGGGGGGAACAUUAAAAAAGCUUUAAAACUUUGCUUGGGGAUCUGUGUAGGCAGGGGUGACAUGGAUAGAUCUUUAUAAGUAGGUGGUUAUGGCAUCGGUUAGGUAUUGGUGCUUUGGCAUGCUGGGAGAGACAUAUCAAAGUGAGUGUUCUGUCCUAAAAAUGGUGCAUGAAUAUAUGGGGAGAAGUCAUCAUUGGACAUGUGUCUGUUUGUUGGUUCUACCGAUUUCCUUGGCGAUUGCCCAUUUUUGAACUUAAGACCACUUUUUAGAAAUGAACCAUGUUUUAUAAAUCUCCUCUCUAUACUUAUUCUUAUACUGCUUUUACAAGUGUAGUCACACCUCUCUAGUCUCUCAGACAAGCAGAGUUAUUCACUAAUGUGUGACUAGUCCGAUACUCAAAGUCCGUUUUACAUUUUAGGUCGAAAUGGGUAAAUGAAAAACAUUGCUGACAUGGAAAAUGCCUGCUGGCUAUUGCUGGUGUAAAUUUCCAUAAACCUUUGCCAGUCUAAUUAAGUGAAAUUAUGAGGCUGGACAUAUAUAAAUUACAAAUCUAUUUAUUUUGUACCGGUGUGAUUUAUAUAUUAUGACUGUGGCUUUGUGCGCUUUCUUUUCUAUUGCAAGAUUAGCCGGUUUUUUUUUUACCUUGUCCUAAGGUGCAGGCAGGUUAGAGUUUCUGUCUUUUCAAGCUGUGAAUAUGUUCACUGGAGUGCUUCAGUCAGCAUUAUCCCAGCACCUGCCGGCUAAUCUCAGUAACCUCCUGCUAGGCUGGGUGUGUUUGCAGGUCUGGGAGGCUCAGUGUAAGGCGAACAGGCUCUUACAUGCCCUGUCCUGUCACAGGAAUAGGAUCUGCCAGAACGUUAAUAACAGACUCAUGGCUCAAAAACAGUUCUUAAGAAAUAAGGAAGAGACACUUAUUUACCUUUUCCCAGCAAAUGUUUAAUGUGUGUCUUGGAUAAUGGUCACCACAUUAACUGUUCCAAAUUAGACUUCGUCAUCAAUAUUAAAGAACACUAUACAAACCUGUAUUUCUAAUUUUGAAAAAUGUUUUAUUUAUAUAGCGCCAACAUAUGCCAUAGCACUUUACAAUAUUAUAAAAGGGGAGGAAUUUAAUAAGAAACGAGACAAAUACAAAAUGUUACAGGAACAAUAGAUUGAUGAGGAUGCUGGUCAUGGUGCUGUAGUGUCCUAGUGCAGUGAUAGGCAACCUUCGGCACUCCAGAAUAUAUUGUCCUGCAUUGACCUUAAAGUUACUUACAUUAUUUUACUUCCAUAUAACAAAACAGGAAAAUUAACCAAGUUGAUAAAAAAAAAAAAUAAAAAAAAUAAUUGUAAUUGGAUAGUUUGACCUAAAAUUUGCAAAAAUCAUCUGUGAGCUAUAAACCAAGCAUUAUUGACCCUUUCAGUGCUGGAAGAGCUCUGCAGGCUUUGGCAGUUUAAAAAAAAAAUAGUUAAAGGACCACUUUAGUGCCAGGAAAACAUACUCUCAGGGUCCCCCUCCCGCCGGGCUCUGGGGGAGAGGAAGGGGUUAAAAUCUUACCUUUCUCCAGCACUGAGCGGGGAGCUCUCCUCCUCCAUAGCGACGUCAUCCGCUGAAUGCGCAUGCGCGGCAGGAGCUGCGCGCACAUUCAGCCAGUUCAUUUACAAUGCUUUCCUAUGGACACUGGUGUCUUCUCACUGUGAUUUUCACAGUGAGAAGCACGCAAGCGCCUCUAGUGGCUGUCAAGACAGCCACUGGAGGCUGGAUUAACCCUAACAUAAACAUAGCAGUUUCUCUGAAACUGCUAUGUUUAUUAAAAAAAAAGGGGUUAACCCUAGCUGGACCAGGCACCCAGACCACUUCAUUAAGCUGAAGUGAUCUGGGUGCCUAUAGUGGUCCUUUAAACUGGAGAGAAAACUGCAGGGAGAUCCUUUGGGUUUUUAUUUAUACAGGUUGAUCAAAAGGGUGAUCUAAGGACCUGAUACUGGAAUGAUAUUAUUUUGUACACCCAUAACCUCUUUUUACUUCAUUUAAGAUUAAUAAAUGAUUAUGAAUGAUAUACAGCCUUUCUAUGCCUCAUCAACCCUUACAGCAUGAGAAUUAGGCAGUUUGUGACAGAUUAGGCAUGUCAUCGAUCACGGAGGAGUUAAAACAUUGCAAAUCAUUGCCUCUGAUUUAGUAGGUCAGGCUCUGCAACAUUUUCACUGAGAAGGAAACACAAGGCAGCUGUUUCGAAUGCUGUCAUUAAAAUGGUUUUCUGAUGUAUGACACAGUACUUAGUCAAUGGUCAUGUAAAUAUAUUUCACAACUCUGCCUGUUGCAUCUGCUAGAUGUGGGUGUUACUGGGGUUCUGGCACACACCAUGCUAUCUGUCCAAAGAGUGCAAUAAGUGAGUCAAGCCUCAUCAGUUGUAUUUGGAUUAUAUUUUUUUAUAUAUCGUUUCCUAGCUUAGCCAUGGGUGGUCAUGCUUUGAAGAGACUUAGUCAUAGGAUCUUCUGUCUUUCCUCCCACUUACAACACUCCCAUCUUGGCACCAGUGCCUUUAUCUAGAGUGGCAACAUAUUUGCGUAUAAAAGACUUUGACUAUUCACGUCUCCUUUCCUUUCCUUUCCUUUCCUUGGGCGAUGUGUUAAGACAUUGGGAAUAGAUCAUUAGUCUGUAGUCACUGUAAUGAUCCUUUGUGUUCCAGAUAAUUGUACAUAUAAUAGUGUAGAUAAACUUCUCUCUCCAAGUGUUGAAAUAUCCACCUAAUACCACCUGCCACCUCAUUUAACGUGUAAUUAUUGCAUAUUGAAUGACAGGGUUCUCUUAAUUUGAAGAAGUUUUGCAUUUCUGAAUGAGGUCACUAGUUUUACUUACACUAGUACCGCAUUUCCUACUGUAGAUUAUUAGUGCACUUUUAAGACUAAGCAGGCGUGUGGCUACAAGCUGUGACAACUAAAAAAUAGAAUGGAAUAACAGUUCAAAUAAGCUAAUACAGUUAUAUGCAUGGAUUCACACCAGUGAACUCCGCAAUUCUCAGUGAGCGGCAUAAAGAUCGGAAAGGGUGGGCUGGCCAGAGGGGGCAUCAUCAGUGAUGCUCGCACAUCACUGGCGAUACAUAUAUUGGGCAGAUCUGCCCAGAUAAGGGCCAGACCUUCCCACUCAAGGGGUUUGCCCCCAACCUACAGGACCUUGCAAAGAGUGCUGCUGAAGCUUUUGUAAUGAUGCACACACGCUGUGCUGCUCAAGGACAGUUGAGUUCUCUGGUGUCCUCGGAUGUAGGACACCAGGAAACUAAAUUGGGGUGGUGGGACCCCAAAAUCGUGGCAGUCCUGACUAUAUUGCAACUGUUGCUGUUUUGACUGACUCAUGGUUUAUUUACAAAACUGUGAUUUCUGCAAAUUGUAAGCCAACAUAGCCAUACUUAAGCUCAGCCAAUUUUAUCGCAAUUACUAUGGUUUAAUGCACCGAACACUAUCAUUAAAGUAAAAACCAAAGGAAAAAAAGUUACUUGCGCUCUUCCCAAAUCCCUAUGUAUAUUUAAAGAAAUGGAGGUUAUUGAGUUACUCCAAUGGCCAUUAGAGGGAAUGCCCACCUGUGUAUAAUGUAUAUACAUGUAUAUAAAAAAAUACCCCUCUCUGUCUCAAGAUAUCUUUGCCAGAAGCUCAAGGAAGCAAGGUGAAUGGUUUAGUGUAGAGGUUUGCCUUGACAUGGUAGGUGGGCAUCCCUCUUAUGGCCAUUGGAGUAACUAAAUAACCUCCAUUAGUUUAAAUAUGCAUAGGGAUUUGGGAAAGAGCGCAGGUAACUUUUUUUUUCUUUGGUUUUUACUGUAUGUAUUGGGGCUGAUGUGUACUAUAGUUGUUGCUGCCGCUCAAGAGUAGUGGGAGUUUGAGCGCCUUGACUUGUUUUUUUGUAUUUCUAUCAUUAAAGUGAGAAUUGUCAGGAGUUCAAAUGGAAUUCAAAUUAAUGACCAUAGUAACUGAACUGGAAACAUUCUCUCAGUCAGUUAUUAUUAUUAUUUUAUUAUUUAUAUAGUGCCAUCAGAUUCCGUAGCGCUGUACAAUGGCUAUGCUUCCUGUUCAGAUAAUUAUUUUGAAUCCACUCUGUAUUCUCACGUGCAAGUGUGUUUCUGUCGGGGGAUUUAGUUGUUUGCAUCUUUUAAAAGAUUCAGGCAUUUUAAAUAAGUAGAAAUGACAUGUCCAAGGUUCGCUGGGAACACAAGGUAAUUUAAGUAUUAUAAAGGUGAUGCUGUUAAUAGCUAACUGAAAAAAUUGAAGCAACUGUUUUAUGUAUUCCAUAGUGUAGGGUAAACAUUUACCAAAAAAACCCAGAACAAAGUGAAGUUGAAAUGCCAUUAAACACUUUGUGUUAGCAUUUAUUUGGGAUAUGCUCUAAUACUAACAAACUAGUAUACAACCUCAAACUCUGGCCAAUGGCAUAACAUGCCAGCUCCCAGGGCAAGGCCUUGGUAUUGCACCCCUUAACCACGAGUCCCUUAACGGGCGCCUAGAUAACCUUGCUUCUCCUUCCCUACCCGCCUUGUCUCUGUGAUGUGUGUGACACAGUCUAUAGUCCCUACACGUUAUUUUAGGCAUUGGAUUUGUUUUUUGUUUUUUCAAUUUCAAUAAAGUGAAUUUCCAAUUUUAGGACAGAAUGGCAAAUUAAAAAAAUCUCAGUUGGCUAAGUUUUUAGUUCAACUAUUUUGCCAAUUAAUUUGAAAUUAAUUCUGAUUUUGCUUGGAAUACUUGUCAGUUCACACUUUUAUGGCAUAACACUGACUCCUUGACAGACUACUUCCACCAUCGAUGCCACUGAAAGAUUUUAAGAGCAGACAUUUCAGUUUUUGACCCAUAUUUUCUUUUACUCUUGUAAAAGUAAUGAAGAAUAUCAUGACGAGUUGUGUAUAUAAAAAGAUAAUGUUGUUCUGGUUCACACUGAUCUGUUAUAAUAAAGUGAUAUUCGUAUAGUAUGGCAACUACAAAAUAAUUGCAGCUUACUGUACAAAAUCCUGGUGCAAUUACUCUGUUAUAAACUGACUUGUCUGUACUUACUUGAUUGUUCUACUGGGACAGAUUAUUACAAUUGACCCAAAAUCACUGGCUAAGUACAUUCGGGCCAUUUUCAUUUAUUUACAUAUGGGAAAAAUUGCUGUGUUUAUUACGAUUAUAAAAGUGCUGUGUUUAUUACGUGUUUGAUUAUAGAUUUUAGCUAUUGAAUAUUGGAGUAGCCUAUACCUGCGAUUCAUGAUUUGUUGAUUGGUUUGAAAUGUUUACAUAUAUUUAACUCACAGGUGUUUUUGUUUUUCUUUCUUUGAUUACAGCCAUAUGGAAAAAAUCACUACAUGGCAAGAUCCCAGGAAAACAAUGACCCAACCAAUGGCUCACCUAAACCACCAUCCAGUUACCACAUCCACACCAAUGAGCCAAAGAUCACUGGCAAUGUCUCAACCAAACCUGGGUAUGUUGGACACACUUUUGUAAGGGAUAAAUAGUUGGAAACAGUAGUCAACAGUAGGCAUUUUCUAUCACAUGGACAAUGGAUACUGUGCUUCUUCUCCUGAUAUGCCUUUUUCAUACAAAAACCAGAAAAUAGCAACUGACUCUUUCUUUAAAGGGAACCUGUCAUCACAUAUUGACUUUAGCACUUAUAUAAUAGUUUUAAAUUACAUCUAUACAUUGAGCUGACACUCAAUGCCAAGCAGCUGAGAGACAGGGAGAACAGAAGAGACCUAUCACAGGCAGUUUUCUUGCUCUCCACCCAUAGCAAUCACAGAACAUGCGCUGUGGUUGCUAUGGUUACUCCCGAGCUGGCAUUGUUACUGCUGGCUGGGGAGUAUAGGAAAGGAGUGGUGUGACAUCACUUCAUUCAGAUGCAGGGAUCCUGGCAACAAAGUCACAGUGUUGGCAUCAUGGAGGAGGUUUGCCCUGCUCAGGGAAGUGUCCCUCAGCAUGGCAAAUCAGCAAGGAUGAGGAGGAGAGCAGAAAACAAAAGUGUAACAUCCACCUCUGUAAGGACAUCAAGGCAGGGGAGCAGCCAGUUAAGUGAUGACAGUUUUCCUUUAAUUUUAUAGAAACAUAGAAUGUAAUGGCAGAUAAGAACCAUUCGGCUCAUCUAGUCUGCCCAAUUUUUUAAAUCUUUCAUUAGUCCCUGGCCUUAUCUUAUAGCUAGGAUAGACUUAUGCCUAUUCCAUGUAUGCUUAAACUCCUUUACUGUGUUAACCUCUACCACUUCAGCUGGAAGGCUAUCCCAUGCAUCCACUAUCCUCUCUGUAAAGUAAUACUUCCUGAUGUUAUUUUUAAACCUUUGCCCCUCUAAUUUAAGACUAUGUCCUCUUGUUGUGUUAGUUCUUCUUCUUUUAAAUAUAGUCUCUUCCUUUACUGUGUUGAUUCCCUUUAUGUAUUUAACUGUUUCUAUCAUAUCCCACCUGUCUCUCCUUACCUCCAAGCUAUACAUGUUAAGUUCCUUUAACCUUUCCUUGUAAGGUUUAUCCUGCAAUCCAUGAACCAGUUUAAUAGCCCUUCUCCGGACUCUCUCUAAGGUAUCAAUAUCCUUCUGAAGAUACGGUCUCCAGUACUGCGUACAAUACUCCAAGUGAGGUCUCACCAGUGUUCUGUACAAUGGCAUGAGCACUUCCCUCUUUCUACUGCUAAUACCUAUCACUAUACAACCAAGCAUUCUGCUAGCAUUUCCUGCUGCUCUUAUAAAUUGUCUGCCCACCUUUAAGUCAUCAGAAAUAAUCACCCCUAAAUCCCUUUCCUCAGAUGUUGAGGUAAGGACUCUAUCAAAUAUUCUGUACUCUGCCCUUAGGUUUUUACAUCCAAGAUGCAUUAUCUUGCACUAAUCCACAUUAAAUGUCAGUUGCCACAAUUCUGACCAUUUCUCUAGUUUACCUAAAUCAUUUGCCAUUUAGCUUAUCCCUCCUGGAACAUCAACCCUGUUACAUAUCUUAGAAUCAUCAGCAAAAAGACAUCCCUUACCAUCAAGACCUUCUGCAAUAUCACUUGUAAAAAUAUUAAAGAUAAUGGGUCCAAGUGCAGAUCCCUGAGGUACCCCACUGGUAACUAGACCUUGCUUCGAAUAUACUCCAUUGACUACAACCCUCAGUUGCCUGUCACUCAGCCACUGCCUUACCCAUUCUACAAUAUUGGAAUCCAAACUUGAAGAUUGCAGUUUAUUGACAAGCCUUCUAUGACAACCGUUGUAAAAGCCUUACUGAAAUCUAGGUCAUUUUAUGGUAAUAGAUGUAAAUUAAGAUUCACCUAUACAUGUGUUUGACCAACUGCUGGGCCACCUGCAAAGAGUUUUCUUUUGUUUGUUUUUUAAGAAUUCUGUGGCUGGUGCCACACCUGUUCAGUUUCACAUUUUUUUUCAUGUGAUUUUCUAUAAAAAUAAAUAAAUAAAAUAAAAUUAGAAAGUGGCAUUAUCAAUUGAAAACAUUUCAAACUAGAAAAAAAAUCUAUAAAGUGAACUGCUGUUUAAGAUCUUUGGCCACCUGCUCUUAACCAUACGAAAGAAUAACUUAACAAGUCUGCGGCUUUCACUCACUUACAUCUUUCCAACUUUUAAAAAUGUCACCUAGUUAACCAAACACAAAGUUGGAUUUUCCGACUCCUGAAAAAAGCCAAUAAAGACCACGCCAACAUUCUAGUAGACUUUUCAAGAAAAUAAUGAAAAACACAGAGUGAGUGAAACUGCUUUCUUGGCGACCACCCCAGAACCCACUUUGAACCUUUCCAUCUUGAAAGAAAUGGCAGUCUACACCUAUGUCUUUAUCCUUCCUGAUUUUAUUUUUUUUUUCUAGUCCUGGAAAUAAAAUGUGUCUUUCUUUUGAAGGCCUGCCAUCCCUUUGGCUUGCAGCUUUAUGCAUCCCUAGGUUUGAUGCCGGGUCUGUACAUUUAAUCAGAAACAUGUGUCGCUUUUGCAGGAAUACUUAUUAAACAUGGAAAUACAGUGUGCUAUUGCAGUCAGUCUCUCUGGCUCACUCAAUAUUUUGGCUUUGUUUGAAUAUACAAAGCCACUCAUAAACAUAUUUAUCCAGAUAAUCUAAAUGUGACUAAGCAGUACCACAUCCCAACAUGACUGAGUAAAUGCAACCCUCCAGGGGGGGCAACUUGUUUAAUCUUCAGAUAGUUUACCUCCAGCCCGCCAAGCUUAUUCUCCUCCCUUUCUGUUUGUUAGUUUCUGUUGUUAGAGAUUCACAUCUUUUCUUUUCCAAAACAGCGUCUGUUUAUUUGAAAGCCCAUCUGUUUGCAAUGAAGUGUUGGUAAUUCUUGAAAGCAACAAUGAUUCAAUCUGAGUGUUUAAUGUGCUUAGUACUUUUGGUGCCUUUCAAACCAAGGGUAAAACGGCGGAUUAAGUGAAGUUUUUCUUUGAACUGAAUUUUUUUUAGCAGCAUUAAAAAUGUCUCGUUCCUGGCUCAUGAAAAGAGAAGGCUGUCUCGGAUACAGUCACACGUAAGACAAACUAAACUAACAGCAAGUCUUUUGGGUAUUGGGCUACAGUGUAUGAUCUAUUACACUCUGUCAGGUUGGAGUUCAUAUCAAUUUUUUUUGAAUAUGUUACUGUCAACGUGUUACAUGUCUAUCAAGCCAAUUUAUUCUCGUCUCUAAUUCUUCUCCUUAAAAAAUAAGGGCAAGACAGGUGGUGAACUCUAUACAUUUACAUCUUGAACCAUUUUUCUAUGGGAAUAAUAAUAGUGCGUGUUGUUCUACCGUAACAGAUCUCAUUUCGCUGUAGUUCACAUAAAAUUACCUGGAGAGGUUUAUUCACUUAUGCAGUCUAUAAUAGCUUAUGUGGAAAAAAAUCUCCUACUCAGCUUUUUUCAGAUGUAGUCUAGGUUUGACAUUCAUUCAUUGCACUGGUUGCUGAAUGCACUUGUUUGUUUUAAGCCAUAUAUGUAAUAACUUUCACUGGAGGGAAACUUAGGGAGCACACAGAGGGAGGGAAGGGACAUUGAUGCUUCCCCUUGCAGUAACAAGUGCAAAUAUCUCUGUAUGUGCAGUGUUUCUAGCAGUCUUUCUACCACCAUGAACACUUCUAAAAGCAGAAGUGGUCAUGGUGUUUGAAGUAACCCAUAAUGCACUUGGAAGCAAUUCCAUUCAUCACAUGUGGUGAUUAAUAUGAAUUAAUAAAGUGACAGAAGUUGUAGCACAGAGUUGUUUGAUGUAUUAAUAGAACAGUGACUGUAGCUCAACGUCUUCAGUAAGCUGUGAAGAAGUCUGUUAAGAGUGAUGGAGAUUAGAUGAACAGAGGACACUUCAUCCUGUAACAAUUAGACCUUCCUCUCACUAUAACCUACCUAUCCAAGGACCAUAAGUUACUAUGUUGCUAGACUAUUUUAUUUUGUGGCAUGAGCAAUAAGCAUUUAGGUGAUUCUUGAUCAGACACAAUAGGUUCAUAUGUAACUUCAAAAGAAUAAAAUAAUUUUAAUAUGUAGAUUCAGCACUCUGACUAUAUGGCAUCCACAAUCCUUGUGUGUUAUAAGCCCAUCUUUGGAAAAAAAAUUGCAUUUAGUGCCUGCAAAUCGACGAGAAGGCUGCAUAUGAGGAAAUUGUGGAGCGUCGUAUUUGGGGACAAAGUGGCUUCAUUGACAGACAGCUAGUGAUGUCUUAUUUGUAGUCUUGAAUGAUGUAUACGUUAUUUUAAUCUCUUUACAGUUCCACUGUGUGAUUCUGGACAUACUUGGAUUCAUAAUCUGUUUUAAAAUUAGUGUUUAGUUUUCUAGAAAUAUGAAAUGUCCCAAAAUUAGAACUUGAUACCGGUACAUCCUUUUCUAAGAAUAAGGCAUCAAGCCACCAUCUAACUUUACCACCCAUAAAGGUCACAUAUACAAUCAGAAUGUUGCAAGUCAAUCUUUCCACAGUAGAUACUAUGUAGACAAUAUAGAAAGUGAAGAUUUCAUUUUUGCAGGUGACGGUCCAGGCUGCGGUUUUAUUUAUAUCGUCCUGGAUUGCACUAAUCACUGUUCGUUGCACCUGCUGUUUCUUUUUGUUGGAAGUGAAUGGUCAGGAAACCCCAAACAAUGAACAGUUACAGUAAUCGGGUCUGAAACUUAUAAACACAUGGUCCAGACUUUUCCGUAUCCUGCUGACAAGAGGGUGUAACUGUCCUAUUGUUUGUAGAGGAUGUAACGAAAUAGUGGUCAUGUCAACUUUGUGGAACACUAGAUAAAGGUGGAAAAUUCUAACUUUCAUUUCCUUAAUCCCUAACCCAUCAUUUCCUUUAAUAUUUGCCAGUUGAAUUAGGAACUAUGGCUUAAAUUUAUGUUGCUAAUGUAUGAAAAAAAUUUACAUAAUUUAAAAGGGUAGUACUUGUUCAGUUAUCAGAACCACCACAUUUCUUUGGCAGGUAAGGGGAAGCCAUUUGCCUUGCUCCCUUCACUUCCUGUUUCUCAUGAUGUUCAGAAAGUACUCUUCAGGACAUGUUAAUGGUAAGCCAUUUCCUCAAGCUUGGAAAGCACAAAACCCUAUUUAUAGAGUAGUGGGUGGAAAGACUGUGGGUGAGCAAAACUGUCAACUUUUCAGAACUACAUGCAUUCCUGCAAAUAAUGCGAGUUGAUCAAUGUGUUUAACAAGGUUACCUGAACGUGCAACCUAAAGUGCAGACAUUAGGUUGUUAGAGCAGGACCUGCCAAGAAUGGGGUACAUUGACGUUGUGGCAGGCUUAUGCAAUGUAUGAUCAAAUACUGUAACUAAACCCUCAUUAUUUUUACCUAGAUUAGGUGUUUUAAAAAAAAACCUGAUAAAAUCUGUAAGCUUUGAAGUUUUUAUUUAGUGGAUAAGUCAGGGAGCUGGAUCUUGUGUGUUAUAUUAAUCGGCUGCAGCAGCACCCCAUUUAUGCAUGUAUGCACCCUAUUUUGCAGUACCAGUAUACAUAAAAGAACCAGUGUUCAGCAAGUGUUAAUAAAAUAACGAAAUACAAUAGGGAGCACCAAAACACAGCAAAUAUAAAGGCAAAAGGAACCAUGCGUAAUUAUAUACCAGUGUACAUGUUAAAAGUUCCAACUUUUCAAAUGGACACAUUAUUUAGGGUUAAUUUUUAUUUUAGGGAUGUGAGUGGAAGGUGUGGCCAGGGGUUGGGCUUUUCUGAGAAGUUUUAGGUGUCUUUGCUAGUAAUAAUUUAUGCAACUAAAAAGCAAUUUAGAACAAGAACAAUGCAUCUUAUUUACUCAAUGCGAGUAUUAUUGCUGAGGUUGCUGUUAUACACUACAGACAUACCGACAAUAUGGAGCUCCUAGAAAAGAGGGACAUAAGGAUAAAACAGAGGGCUUUGAGUCCAAACUAUGGACCGGCCUUCCUAAAUAGGGACCCUUGGGAAGUAUUUGAGACUGUUUUUGGUAAUACAGUAUAAAAAUAGAAACAGUAUAAAUAUGGAGUUCUGAUUGCUAAUAAUCUAUAUAUACUACAUAAUACACAAAAAAGAGAGAGUGCAGCUAUACUAUUGAAUAAUAGCUAUAAAGAGGAAAGGGUUUGAGGGAACUGUAUAUGAAUUAUAUGUUUCAUUUUUUUAUAUAUAUAUAUAUAAAUAUAUAUAUAUAUAUAAAUUUUUUUGAAUUAUUAUUUUUUUUAUUUUUUUUUGGUUGUCAAACAACUUAUAUGAUGUUUGUUAAUGGUGAUGCUAAAGAAAAUAAACCUAACAUUUACUAACAUCGUUUCUUUCUAUUUCCUACUGCUUCCAUUACUUCAUUCUUGGUAAGUAUUGAUUAAGCAAUUCAAUAUUGGCUGUUCACCCAAUGUAUUUGUAACAAUCGAAACUGCGCGAAUCAUAAUCAGUGAAUUAACACAAGUAAAUAUUAAAUAAUAUGAAAUUAAAUGAAAUUCAAAGUUUGUUAUCAUUGUCCUUUAAUAAAUCAAGGAGACACCUCGGUUGAAUAAUGCACCAACUGUAUUACCUGUUCAAUGUUAACAGGGUGCGGGUUAUUUUUAUAGACAGUGUCAGCUAAAUUGUUUUACAUACUGAGUAAACUGCAAAAAUCCAUGCUUCAUCCUGCCUUGUGUCACCAGUACAGACAAGUCACAGUGUUGUACUGAUCCAGUAAAUGUUUCCUUGGUACAUAUUUACACCCUUAAUGCCAGCUGAGGAUAAUUAAUACAUCCCUUUAUGGCCACGUUUAUUCUAUCCACUUUCUUGCUAAAAAACAGGAACUGUGUUUUGCUACGCAUGAGCCAAACUCCCUAAGGGUGUCUAUGGAAUGCGUCUAGAACCUCGUUGAAUCCGCAGCCAUAAGAAUUUGCAGUAAUUUAGCUAGCAAUACAGGUACACUUCAAGGAUAAACCAUCUAUAAAGGUUCAUUAUCAACCAGGUUUGCAAAAAUGUUCAUCAGAACAUCCCAAUUCUUCUCUGUAGCCAUUAUCGAUCUACACCGGUGAUGGAUAAAAUGGAGAAGGGUGUCAAGUUUAUGAAUCUUUGGCCUUGAUACUGUAAACUACUAUCGCAAUGUUACUUUGUUAUGUUUUUGUAUUGCUCUAUAUAUUUGAAAAAACAAAUAAAACUUUAGAAAAAUUAUUUUGCUGUGCGACAAAUGCAUAUAAAUUACAAAAAAAUGAUGACACUAUUUUCUUUUUCUUAUUUGUUAAGAAAAAAAGGGCUGUUAAAAAAACAAAAAACAUACUUUGUUCAGUGGGAUCUUACUGUAAUGCAAUUCUUUCCUUCUUAUGCCUGACUCAUUAUAGUGGACAGUCUUAUAAGCUAAGCUCAACACAAACGUGUAUUGUAAGAGGUUGGGGGACUCUCCUCAAUGAGUUUCUGUAAAUGCUGACACAGGCAAAAACAAAAACUUAGUUAAAAGUAAUCUGGUUACUAACCACCUCACUCCAGACCAUUGCUAUCGCAGAUCAUAACCUUCCUCUCGUGUUUAUAACUCCAGGGGUACACAGGUCCUACGGCAGGGUUAGUAUCUUCUGGCCCACCACUUUAUGAUGCAAUGUCCAUCACUCUCCGCUACAGAACGGACUGAGCGUGAUGUAAAUUGAAUCCAAAAAACUGGAUAUAUUGUAAAGGAUUUCUCAAAGUGUUUUGAAAAGUGUCUUCUCAAGGUGCUUCAAAAAUCUACUCCAGAUCUAUCACCUAUCUAUGUUGCAUACGCAUGUUUUUUUCUAAUACAUUUUCCUCUGGCUAACUGAAAACAUUUCAAUUGCGCUUUUAUUUUGUAGUAGAUUUUGCAAUCUUUCUGUAGUUCUAAUGUAGGUUACUUAAUCUCCAAGAGAGACCUUUCAAUGAACUCUUCAUAUGCUGUUAUUAUUUAAAGGGAUUUUUUUCCCCACAUUUCCAGGCUGUAGUUUAAAUAUCUGGACACUCCCUUAGAUAAGGUUUCAAGUACAAAUUUAAAGCACUGGCAAAAAUGUGAUAGGGGUUAUAUGCGUCUGGAGUCGGUUGAUUGGGGACAAACAAAGACUGUAAUGGUUUUUUGUUAGUUUAACUAAAACAUAAUGUUACCAUAGCACCACAUAUUGCUUUGUUUAUAAUAGGUAGUGCUGUAUUCAAACUUGUUUACAUUAAUGCAAUGAUUUGAGCAUUGUUCAUCUUCUUUAUGCAUAAACUUCUUUUUUUAUUGUUAAUGUAUUUUUUAUUAUUAUUUUGAUUUCUGUGCGCCUUUUUUACUGCAAAUGCUGUUUGAGGGAAAACAUGCUCGUGCUACUGGUAAUUGUAUUACUUUAGUCUCUAAAAAAUGUGAAAUAACAUUUAAAUCUUAGAAAAAUAAAUAAUCAAUGUUUUGUAGCAAAUAUAGUAAUACCAAAACACAUAAACAUGAUUAAAGGGGUGCUCUAAGCACCAUAACCACUAUAGUGCACCUAAGUGGUUAUGAUGCCGGAGUCUCAUGCACCAAUCCCAUGGUAUGGGGUCAAACUCUUUGUGAACACUUGAAAACAUACCUGUAUCUCAACAAAUGCCCAUGUCCAUCUAGUCAAUAUAGCUAAAACUAAUGAGAACCUCUGCUUUAGCAGUAUCAACCUUGUGUGUCUAUCUCUCUUUUCAUCUAAAUAUAGAUGUUUAUUCCAUAAUGGAUUUCUCCCAAACUAACAAAAUAUGUCUUCUCACAGUGAUGAAUCAUCAGCAUCAACAGCAACAAAUGACUCCCAGCCCAGCCAUAUCCCAACAGACUCACCCCAGCCAGAACCAUCAAGCAGGCCUGAUCAGCUUACCCAACGCCCUUACCACCCAACAGCAACAGCAGCAAAAACUCAGACUGCAGAGAAUCCAGAUGGAGAGAGAACGGAUCCGAAUGCGCCAAGAAGAAUUGAUGCGACAGGUAGUUAGUGCUGAUUUACAUUACAUAUUACGUGUUAAACUUUCCAAAGUUGUCAUCACAAUAGUAUGAGACUUUUUUCCAUUCAAACUACCAAGCUCAUGCAUUCCCCAAAAAUGGCCUUAAUUUCAAACCCAACUAAAGAAAGAGAACCUGAGGAAAAUUAUUGCCAAGUGCCAACUAGUGGCUAAAUAACUAGUGCAUUCUCUGACGUUAUAGGAUUUGUUUUAGGCCUAAAGUUAGAUUACAUUGUUGGUAUAAAAAAAAAAAAAAAAGUUAAAAAUGUUUUUCAUUACACAUAAAACAUUGAAACCUAGGUGUAAAUCAACAGUCGCGCAAUGUUUCGAACAAAAAGUAAAUUUGAGAUUAGGAAUGGAACAAAACUGGAUAAAGCCCACAGAAUCUGUGUAUUUUCUCCUCUAUACCUGUACGUAUAGCAAUAAAGGCUACUAUAUCUGAUUGGAUCCUGGAUAUUUAAAACACACUGGCACAUACACACACAGAGAUACACACUGACACAAAUCUGUACACACACUCAGAUACACACAGACACACAGGUACACAUGCAGGCAUUGUAAUGCUGGGAUAUAUGCAUUGCCACAUACACACAGAUGCACACUUACACAAACACUGAGAUACACACAGGAACACAGACACACAUGCAGUAAUGUUGGAACACAGUAGUGUAUUUGUGUGCAGUGAUGGCAUUGGAAUGCUGGGAUGAAUGCAUUGCCACACGCAUAGAUACACACUUACACACACACACAUAUAUAUACACACACACUCAGAAACACACACGCACGCAGGUACACAUACAUACACAUACACAUUGGCACACAAGUACACAUACACCGGUAUACAUUCACACAGAUACACAUAAACAUAUACGUACAUAUAGCCAGAUACACACAGACACACACACACAAAGCAUGAUACACACUGACAAAAACACAGCCAGAUACGCACACACAGCCACAUUCACACACCACAGCCAGGCACAUACACACACACAUACAUAUAGCAAGAUGCACUGACUCAGACCCAGAUACACACACAUAUAUAUCAAUUUACAUCAUAUUUUAGCCACCCUCCUUAACUUUUGGGUACAGAAGGGUGGCUUCCCUGGGGUCCAGUGGAAGCUGGAUGGCAAAGGCUGAUGGGAGUCUGUCUUCCUCAGUCCCUCUCCUCCUCCUGUGUAUGCCACCCCCUCCACCUCCCCAGCGGCACUUUGUUACUUAGGAGGAAGUGAUCACACCUCACUUCCUCCCAGCAGGCAGCAUGAAAGGGGCCGGUCCGGAGCACUCUUAAAGGGCUGGGUGCCCCUGAUUACAUAAGGUGCCACAGCACACAGGGUUUGGACUCAGGCAGGGGGCUCAGGGCAGCUGCCCCGUUUAAAGACGGCCCUGUAUGGAAGGAAGCCACAAAAGGGAGAGCCGCUAAAGUGUUUCAUGCUGAUAAGGCACUUCCUCAAGGAUCGGCACAAACUGUAGGUAGAGGCACGUCUACCUCUCUAGCCCCCUCUCUGUCAAAUGUUUCUAUGAUGUAAAAUUUGGAUGGAAUACAGUGGCGACCCUUUAUCUUCACAAUCUGUUUGUCCUAUGAGUUGGACUUGGGUCAUUGAUCCUAACGUAUAAUUAUGUUUUCCCCAGCUGGAAUAAAAGUAUUGAGUAGGUAAAGAGAUGAAAGUGGCAGUGGUUGGGUUGUCUGUCGAAUGUCAUCUUUUUAUGUUCCCACAGAACAAUGGGCUAUUCCAAAUGUGUUGCUGUGUUAUUAUUAUUAUUGACAUUUAUAUAGCGCCAACAUAUCAACAACAAAUCAAACUAUUACAUAUUUUGAUAGUAACGCUAGGUUAGUGAGGACCCUGCUCAAACGAGUGUUAUAUGAGGUGUUCUACACAAAUUAUAAUCCAUGUGCAAAGCAUGUACCUGUGGGACCAUUUGCAAUGGCUCUAAGAUUCAGGGGAAAAAAGAUAAUGGGGAGACAAAUGCAAAACAGGAGGAAUUCUAGAUACAAAGUGCUGACUGUUGAGAGACAUUGUAUUACUUUCUGUACUGUUUCUCCAUAUUUAGCACUUUGGCCCAUCUUUCUGCAGUUUCCAAAGACAAGAAAUAUUCAUAAUGUAGCGUAUAAUGAAAUAGAGGAUACAAAAUAAACCUCUAGUAGUUGAACACAGUGCUUUCCAGGCUCAUUGGAAAUGUUGGACUCAUGAAUUGCUUAUUAAAUCAACUUUCGUACUAUGAAAAGAGUACAGAGCACGUUUUGCUUUGACUCUGAUGCCUGACAUAUGACCACUGACCUUGUUUAUUUUCUUCCAGCAGUGUUUUUGUACAUUUAGCUUUCCAGGAAUAAGUAAGAAACACAGCCCAGCCUGACAAAGGUCAAUACAAAUAGAUAAGUCUCUUUACAGACACCGUUUCCUUAAGUCAUUUACAAUGUUUCUAGACUAGCAGCCAAUAGAUUUAAGCUAAACUAUUUGUUAUGUUUUUUGGCCAUUGACCUAUUUUUUGCUUUAUUUAGGAACUUGUAUAUGCUUUGAUUUUAGUUUGUUUUUAAGCGUAAUUGAUUUUUAUUUACGUGUAGAUUAAACUAACUUUCAAAAUAGUCAAACUGUAAUAUUUCUCCAUCUCAACUUAAUUUCCAAAUUGAUUAUUUUCUUUAUAAAAUGUGCAUUGUCAUUUUUCCAUAGUUCCCCAUUGAAUGUUCAGUAAUGUUCAGUAAUGAGUUUAUUAAGACUAUUGGUAUAUUCCAAUAAAUCCUAAACCUCUUGUAUUUCAGUAUUUGCAGAUUAAGGUUCAUUGUAUCCACUGAUAAGAUAAUGGUCCAGUGACCCAUAGCUGUCCACGAUGGAGGGAUUUACAGCUCAGAACAGGCAUAGGCAACCUUCGGCACUCCAAAUGUUUUGGACUACACCUCCCAUGAUGCUUUGCCAGCAUUAUGGGUGUAAAAGCAUUACCCCUGGCUCGGAAUAUUGACAAAUCAGGAGCACUGCUGAAGUGGGUUUAGAUCCACUUAUAGAGCAUUACACAGUCACUGUUUAUUUACAAUUCAGAAAAAAAGGUCAUGCAUCCAGAUCGUAUAUCACAACUUUUCCUUCAGCCUAACAAUUUGAGCUCAGAUUACAGGUAAGCUUUUUAAUGGGCACCUUCUUCUCAUUAGAUUAAUAACAAUUUAUGCUCAUUAGAUUGAGCGUAAGAUUUUAUCUGUACUUUGUGCUAGCAGUUUUGCUAGGAAAUGUAAAGAUUAGGAGAAAAAUCUAUUUAAAAAUAGGUUUUUCUCCCAGCUGUCAGUCAAAGACCUAAAACACGAGGUCCGUUUGCUCUCCACCCACAGCAAUGAAAACUAUGGAAACUCCCUAACCGGCGCUUCUAGGAAACCAAGAGACAUCUCCUUACACAAUCAAUUAACUUAAUUAAAAUGUGUUAUAGCUAUAUAUAAAACAUCAGUGAAAGUCUGUUUUUAUUGCACAGCUUGCACUUUUUAUUUCUCAGUGGCGAGAUGUAGGAUUUCUAUUAAGUUGAGAUUUAGGUGUUAUCAUUCAUCUGGAAAUGGCCCACAUAAUGUUAUUUCACAUUUGAAUGACAUGGAAGAACAGUGGCAACGAAAACAGUAUGCCAACAACACUGAUAAGACUUACCCUGCAUGGGAGAUGCGUCCCAAGCAGGGCAAAUUAAAAAAGACUUGGAGACAAGCGCAGGCGGAUCAGAGGAAGACCAAGAGGAUGGUGUUACACGAAGAGUAACACCCACAAAGCAAUGUUGGAACAGAGGAAAAGUAAUGAAAUCUUUAUAUUAUACAUUGACUACGCCAAGUAUCUUUAUGAUAUAUGUUGUGUUCAAUGUACGUGGGAGCGAUUUUUAGGCAAGUUAAUUUUCCAACAACCGGUUCACUUUAAGUCUAGGUCAUUGUUUCUCAUCCCUUUGUGAUCUGAACUCCAUGGAGUAUUCCUCCCUAUUUGAUUUCAGAUGUCAGAGGUAUUUGUAUUGAACAGUUGUUAUAGUUUUUACUUCUUAAUGUAAAGGUUCAAUUUAAGGAGAUUUAUUAAAUAAAACACAGGUACUAUGCUAAACAAGAACUAAUUGCCAUGGAAACCAAUAGAAUUGGUUGCAACGUUAGCAUGUUGUAUCCAGGAUAGCACCUGAUUUGCUAUAUUAGUCACCACGUUGUGUCUAUUUGGCUCCACUGAUCUGUUCCUAGUGGUAACUAGACAGAAAAAUGAAGGUAGCAGUGGGAAGUACAGCAAACGUAUUUACUAACGUGAGAAUUAUCGGGAAUUCAAAGUGUAUUUCAAAUCUAAGGACAAAAAGGUAUAAUUAGAUAUAUUUUACUAUAUAAUUAAAUAUUAUAAUUAUUACAAAAUAUUCAAGAAAUAUAUGCUUCUAUUUUGGCUAUGUUGCCCUACAAUAUGAAAUUCACUUUGAAUUUCCGAUAGUCAUUUUAGUGAAUCACAUUUGUAAAUAAGGCACAGCUAUAUUUAUAUUAUUAGGAUUCAUACAAAGGAUAGAUAAGAUUCCAGUAAACAGUCAUCUAUUCCUUGUUACGGUGCUACUGAGUCAUGAAGCUUUGGGAAAUGCAGUCCCAUAGACUAUUGAAGUACAGAAAAGCCCCCUGUGACUAUUUCAUUGUAAGAACUAGGCUGUCUCCAUGCUAAUCCAUCACUCUUGCAUUGUUUGCUUUAAUGUAACCUUCUCAGAAAAUUGCUGACUUAGUAGUAGCUGUAGUUGCUGAGCAACUGGAAUGAGGCCAUUGGGUUUGGGUGCAGGGGUGUGGAAUGCCAGUGCUACAUUGAGUUUCUCAUCUUUUCACUUGACAGCAGCCAAUGGUUGGGUUCCUAAUUCUUCCAGAGGAUUGACAGCUGCUGCGUAGGGAGCAGGCACACCCUGCAGAGAGAAUACAAGUUUCAGGGAGUUUUCUUACCGCUGUUUGUGUUUUGCCCGGUGAAACCAAGGGACAUCUCCUUAAACAACCAAUUAACUUAAUUAAAGUGUGCUAUAGCUAUAUAUAAAGCAGCGAAAGUCUAUUUUUAUCCCACAGCUUGCACUUAUUAUAUCUUAAUGAAGAGUUGUAGGCUUUUCUAUUUAAUUGAGAUGUAGGUGUUAUCAUUCAUCUGAAAAUGCUCGACACAAUGUUUCACACAAUUGCAAACAUUUGUGACUUAUUCAUUUUUCAAGGAGAUUGUAGCCAUUUACAGUAAACUGAGAUACUGAUGUUAUCUAUCAUUUACAAAUACUUAUCGAGAUGGGAAUAGAAGGGGAAUUUACUAGCAAACAGGGAGCAAAAUGUAUUGUACUUAUUAAAGCAAUCAUUUUUUAUUCAGAAUAUUUAAAUAAAGAAAGUACAGAUUGAACAUUGUGUAUGGAAUAAUAUAUAAGGGGAAAUGAAAACUUGGCAUGUAAGGGAAAUAAAAAAUAAACAAGACACAUAUGUCUUAGUAGUCAUAUAUUCUAGUGUUCUCAUUUUUUUUUUAUUUGACUGACACAUGUUUGAAAUUGAUAGGUUGCUAAUGUCCCGACAUCUGCAGCAAAUAAACACACAUACAUAAAUUUAUAAUAAAAAUACAUACAAUUGCGAGUAUGUGUCUGUGUUUGUGAACAUGUGUCUACGUUUUAUUGCAUUUGCCAAACAAGCCUUAGAGCUGUCACGUUGUAUAAUGCAAGCAGGGGCAUAACAUGAGUCCCAUAAAAUCUUCUCACAUGACACGUCACAGAUCUGUUUUGAACUUUAGAAAGGGAUUUUUUUUUUUAAAGUCAGGACAAAUAACAACUGAGAGGGUUGUUCACUAAAGUGUGAAUUCAAAGUAACUUUUAGAACAAAAUAGCUGAAUGGAAAAAGUUUUGAAUAUAAAUGAUAUAGUGCCCUACUAGCUAGUUAGGUUACAUUCCUCCAUUCUGUGAAGGAGAAAGGUGUUUUUACUUACCGUAUAUACUCGAGUAUAAGCCGAGUUUUUCAGCACAUUUUUUGUGCUGAAAAACCCCCACUCGGCUUAUACUCGAGUCAGUCUGUAUUAUGGCAAUUUACAUUGCCAUAAUACAGACUGGGGGCUGGCAGAGCUGUUACUUACCUCUCCUGCAGCUCCUGCCAGCUUCCUCUUCCUCCGCGCCGGUCCGUGCAGCACCUCGGUCAGCUCCCAGUGUAAGUCUCGCGAGAGCCGCGGGGUCAUAGUGCGGCUCUCGCGAGACUUACAGUGUAAGCUGACAGAGGAGCUGCACGGGCCGGCGCGGAGGAGGAGAGAGCUGACAGGAGCUGCAUGAGAGGUAAGUAACAGCUCUGCGAGCCCCCCUUCUCCCCCCACUGAACUGCCAAUGGACCACCAGGGAAGGAGAGCCCCCCUCCCUGCCAUGUAUCAAGCAGGGAGGGGGGACAACAAAAUAAAUAAAUAUAUUAAUAAUAAUAAUAAAUACAUUUAUAAUAUAUAAAUAAAAAUAAUAAUAGAAAAAUAAUUUAAAAAAAAUAAUAUAACAAAAAAAAUUAAAAUAAUAAUUUUUUUUAAAUAAAAAUGCCCACCCCCCACCAAGGCUCUGCAACACAAACACACACUGCACUCAUACACACACACUGCAUUCAUAUACACACACUGCAUUUAUACACACACACUGCGCACUCAUACACAAACACUGCACUCAUACACACUGCACUCAUACACAAACACUGCACUCAUACACACUGCACUCAUACACACUGCACUCAUACACAAACGCUGCACUCAUACACACACUGCGCAUUCAUACACACACGCUGCACUCAUACACACACGCUGCACUCAUACACACACUGCGCACUCAUACACACACUGCAUUCAUACACACACACUGCAUUCAUACACACACUGCAUUCAUCAUAUACACACACUGUAAAUAACUAUUCAAUUAAUAUAAUUUUUUUAGGAUCUAAUUUUAUUUAGAAAUGUACUAGUAGCUGCUGCAUUUCCCACCCUAGUCUUAUACUCGAGUCAAUACGUUUUCCCAGUUUUUUGGGGUAAAAUUAGGGGCCUCGGCUUAUAUUCGGGUCGGCUUAUACUCGAGUAUAUACGGUACCUUCUACCCCUUCUUGGCUGAGAUCAUCAAGACUGAUGAUCUCAGCCAAUCCAGUUGCUUUUCCGUAGGAGAGCAAAGGGAGGCUAGUGCACAUUAAAAACAACAUGCUGCACCAAUCUGAUGAUCUGUGAUUGAGCACCCUACAGCAGCCACCUGUGCCACGUUAUAGUAGAUUUAGCCCUGAUUAUGACACAAAAGCCAAAUUCAAUAUUUCGAAACGUUUUGUAUAGAGAUUUCGUCAAUGUAGACCAUUUUAUGUAGAUUGCAUCUGUUUUUGAGAUUAAAGCAAUAUAAAAAUGUAUAAGCAACAAAAAUACUGCUAUAAAAGAAACACUAAAGUUGUCACCGCAAAAGGGUCGUGAACGAGACACACAGCCAUGUCACUCUUUGUGUCCUUUGAUAAUGGAUAUUUUGGUGGAGGUUUCAGCCCAUCUGAAUCCCAGCUGCUGCAAAUCCUUAAAUAGAUAGUUAAGAACUAGUUGGAACUUGUAAAGACAUCCAUAGCGUUUUAAUCGGAUACAUUCAGAAUUUGGUGACGCAGAGCGACGUUCCUAAGCUUGUUCUGUUAUUAUUGGUUCAAAGCAGUAAUAAUUUAAACACUGAAAAAAAAUACACGUUGCGUGUGUAGCGGCAAUCCUUCAUUUUCUAGUUUAUCUAAUACUAAAGAUUAGGAUUAAAAUAGUACAGUUGUAAUUUCAGUAAUUGGCUGCGUGUCUACUUUUGGUUCUGCUCUUAAAGGAAAUAGAAUGCUUUGAGAAAGAAAAAACAAUUCUUCUAUUCACAGGAGUUUCUUUGAUAGAUAUACCGGUAAGUUUGUGUCACUGAGAAAAUUAAACACAAACAGAUGAAAUAGAAGUAUUGUAAAAGGGAAAUUUAAAUUGCACUACCAUGAUACUAUAUAGGAUGAAUAUUAAGAGAGAGUUGGAUUUAAUAGGUAGCAGUUUACCAUACACGAUGAGUAUCAAGAGGGGCUCGGGUUUAAAAUAUACAGUUUAUUAUAUAGUGUGAAUAUUGUGAGCAACUGGUUGUUUACUAUAUAAGGUGAAUAUGGAGAACAGCUGGGAUUUAAAAUAUAUCUGUUUACUAUAUAGGGUAAAUAAUGAAAGGGGCUGGGAUUUAAAAACAUAGCAGUUCUCUACAUGGUAGGUGGAUAUUAAAAGGGGUUAGGUUUUUAAAGAUACCAGUUUUACUCUGUGGGUCACUGAGUAUUGAAGAGAUGGAUAAGAUUUUUAAAAAAUUGUUGAAAAACUGAACUAGCCAACUAAUCCCCUUCCUUUAUAGUAGUGUAUCACCGCUUUGCAUCACAUGUGCUGCCCUCCCAAUCUCUCCGUAUAUAGACUAUAAUUAAUAUAAUAGUAUGUACACCUGGUAUUCUUAUCUUCACUUCAGGAUACUUUGCCGUUUUGUCUUUUAUGGAAUCACAGCAUAUCCUUUUCUCAUUAGACUGUAAGAUUAUAAUCUUGUUUGAGUUGGGCUCUCAUACUUCAUACUUUUUUUUUUGUCUGCAUAACUUUUUCAUGGAUUACUAGUCGUAUGUUUAUCUAUCCAUUAUUCAGUAUUUUGUGAAUCAAAACUGUUGCAAUAUCAUAUACUUUAUGGCAUGAGGCCCAACUCUAGACUCAUAAAUAUAUUUGUACAUGCUACUGCCAACUCAUACCACCAUGAGAGGGUUGGCCGGUUGGGGGAUGAUGCUGUGGUCACUAGCAUCCAGUGGUUAUGGGUUGCAUCCUUAUACCAUUCUUCUAAGGAUUGCAGUGACAAGCAUAGGCUGAUUGCCAAAAAUCUAAAUGUCUCUAUUAAAGCUAUUGUACACAUAUGUAGAUGUUAUAUAUCCUAGCAUAGUUUAUGUACAUUUUAGUUUUAAAUGCAAGUAGAUACCAAACAUAAACUGAAAUCAAGUUGACCGCUUGGUAGUUUUGCAUGACAAGUCUUGUUAUUAUUUGGUAAUUGAUCAGUGCUUCAGGCUAGGAUCUUAGUAUAACUUAUCCUAUAAUGGAAUAGCUCUUGAUACCCUAAUGUACACCCUCCAGCUAUAUUGCUGCUUGCUUGCAGGGAACUAUUCGCAAAGGUCUCCAGCAGAGUGUCUACCUAUAGACUGUCAUCAGCCAGAUAAGAUUACUUGUAAGUAAUAGUUUCCCUGUUGUCUUGUUGUCUGCAUGUGGCAACUAAGAAAUACAAUGACAGUUCAUGCAGUGAAUUUGCUUCAAGGGACAGUUCUUUAAACCACAAUUAUUUGGCAGAUCCAUGGUAAUGAUCACCAUUUACUCUACUAAAUAAUACAGGAUAAAAUAUUAAUUUUCUAUCUUCUUAAACUGGAAUUUAUUUGUUUGAUUUUUUUUUAUUGUAUUUUAGUCUGAUUGUAGGUAUCUCAUGUCCUCUUUAUCCAAAGUAUGAUUGAUUUUCUCUUCGUACAGCUUUAUGUACCCUCUUGAUUGUUUUAUGUACUUGGAUAAUUAUUUUUACUUACCCCUAAAAUGCAUUUUUUGUAUUAACUACAUAACUAAGUAACACUAAAAAAUGUGAGUGCAGGAAAAAUAGCCAGGAUAUUUAACCAAAUAGAGAACUAAUUGUUAACCAUUAAUAGCAUCUUGACAAUUGGGUAAAUCUCUGUAAAAGUUCCUACUAUCAUCAAAGCGAUUUUAUUUUGUCAUGCAAUGCCUUACUUAUUUACAAAACUGGUGCUCUUCUUUAUGGUGAAUGAGCAAGCAGGAGAUUAAACAUGAGCAGGCCAUCAUUAGGACCUAGAAUCUGAGAGUAGAAGCAGGCCUAAUUGACCCUGAAGGGGUUAACAGAGCUUCAGUAGAGUUUUGGCAUUUAGUGAAAUUAAAGAGCAGAUAGGUACACGUGCAGUCUGCAUCUCGUGCCUUGCUUUGGUUCCUCCCGAAGCAUGAUUCAUAUUCCUUCCUUGUUCCUCAAGGUUGAGUGUGAUAUACCUUGAAUGAUGCUCACCCACCCAAUGGCUCUGGGUCGAUUGGCCAACGUAAUUAUGGAAUCUAGGUCUGGCCCUUUGUCAUUAAUAUAUAUUAUUUGUAUAAAAUGAAUAAUUAAUAUCAGGGAAUCAUGCUAUUAUGCCAGCAUGAAAGAAGACUGGCUGGUCCAGAAAUUACUAACUGUAGAACAUGACAUUAUUAUAUUUUUAAACGGCUCAUAUAUUCUGUUAAGGUAGUUUUUAAUUAAUCCGUAGAAUACCAAAGGGGUUAUAAAACUAUUCAAUUGUGGUGCUUUACCCCACCCCCUGCCAAGAAAAGAGAAACUAAUCACUUUGACUUGUAAAGCAGAACUAUUUCAUGGUUUUGCAACUUUCAGUAACUACAACUUCAUUUGAGAGCAACUUUUUGUUUUGUGUUUGCUAAUGAGUUGUCUAAUUUUGCCUGUUUACAAGGCCAGAUUAAUUAAGAGAUGUAGGCAAAAUCUUCAGUUUAGAGUUUAGACUAUCUCAAUUGUGUCCAUUUCAUCUAGUUUGGUCUAAUUGUGCAAAUUGAUUGCCAAGUCAUAGCAACUCUAUGUGUGGUUAGAAGACCUCACGGUCUAAAAUCAAAGCAGUUAAUAGUUGUCUGGCUAACACUGUAAAGUAUAAACACAAUACUUGAAUGGGAUUGGUGUAUUAACCCCUAAAGGAUCAAUGUGAAUGUAUGUAUACCAUCAUAAAAUUAUAUUCCAAAAUGGAAACCACAAUUAAUUAUCACAAGGAGAAGUAGAUUGGCAACAAAACAGGACAUUUAAUGCUGGCAUCGGGUCCUUAGUGUACAGAUUGUAUUGAUGGCAAAGUGUAACAUUUAGUCUUUAAGGGAUUAAUACACAAUGUGCAAGGCCAACUUGUUUUGUUCCCUUGAAAUAUGUUUGGUUUAAUAAUUAAAAAAACACCUGUUUCAAUGCUGAACCACUCAGUUUAGGCACAUUUUGCUUCUUUUAAACAAAUAUUCGUGGCAUUCAUGGAUUUUUAUUGAACUAAUUUUAUACCGUGACAAUGCACAAGGUAUUUUUUAUUUGAUUUUCCAUCUGUUUUCCAACAAGAUCAGUCAAGUAAUUUCUCCUGACAGUCAAAAAAGAACUUUAAGAGCAGUGAACUAGUUACUCAAUAUACCAGGAAGUAAAUAUUAAAACGGGAGAAAAAAAAUCCCUCCCCAGCCUGUUGAAGCACUUGCUGUUCAAAUUAUCUUACAUCUGGUGUGUGCCAAAUACUUUGCACAUAUAUAUUUGUGAUAAAUAAAUCCAUUUUUAAUUUUAGGGUUGGUGCAAGUAUUGGGGAAAAAAAGCUCUUAGGACCUUGCCCCACAUGGUUUGUUUUUAAAAUGAUAAAUCCAAGCCAAGUCACCAAUUUUAUAAAAGAACAUCUGGUCUAAAUAUUAAUAUUUUCUGACUGUCUUAGAUUUGUUUAAGUAAAAGCUUGAAUCCAGUUCUCAAUCUUUUAACGUGACUGAUAGUACAAGAGCAAAGCUUUCCAACCUUUUAUACUGACAUUUGCAUCUUUACAAAAGGAAGGUUUUCAAAAGUACCCUGGAAAAUAAGUAAACCAAAUACCUAAUAUAAUAAUAUUAAAGGGACACUAUAGGCCCAGACAACUUCAGCUCAUUUUAGAGAAACUACAAUGUUUUCAUUGCAGUAUUAAGUCAGCCUAUAAUGGCUGACUACCAGACAGCUGCUAAAGGCGCUUCUGGGAUCUUAAUGGAUUCUAGGUCCUCUAAGUGACACUGGACGUCCUCAUGCUCUGCAUGAGCACAUCCAGCACCAGCGGAAUCCCCAAAGGAUGGUCCCACACUCCGAUCCUCCAGUCCCAGCGAUGUAAAGAAGGUAGGUCUCCUGUAGGUAGAGUGUGCACAGUCCCAUUAUCUGUAGCCAGUAAGGUUCCAGGGGGUUCCCAACGGUAGGCCACCCCUGCGGUUCUCAGCUGGGAUGUGACAGGAGCUAUGGAUUUGCGCCAUGGGAGUGUGGCCCUUGUGAGGUCUUGGAAGAAUGGGAGAGAGAUGCACCUUCUAAGGCCAAUGGUGCUCUGCCUUUCAGGGCCUGCAUGAUUUGAAUUUUGUCCUGAUAGGACAUGCAUCGGAGUAUGACGUCCCUUAUAUAGUGUUGCCAGCAGCCAUCUAGUAUAAUGCGGUAAUUUGUCACUUGAGAUUGUGGCUGGGACACUGCAUAUCUUAAUAUGAUUGCUGCGUUGUUUGUCUUCAAAGGCAGUCAUUCUGAGUGACAGGGCCGACUGAUGUAUUUGGAGCUGUUUUAUAUAAUCUUUAGUAGUAGAGAGAUCCGUGCGGAUGUAAAUGAUGUCCUCCUCGGACGCUCGCACUCUGUCUGUAAUUGCUUGUAGGUUAGUGUUGAUGAGCAUCAGGUCUGCGGCCCAUACCUUUAGUGUGUCUGAAAGGUCAUCUUUAGUUGUGGGUGCUGAGCCGUCAUAAGCCUCUGGUGAUGGAGCCGGGCAGAUCUGAGGAUCGUGUGUGGUCUCAGCCUCCUUGCGUUCCUCCCAAGCGGCCAGAGGUGUAUCCCGUGGGGCAUCCGCAGGAGUCAGCCUGGGCUGUGCAAGCCACUGGAGCAUGGAGCCUAUGUCCCUGCCCUUAAUGGAGCAUUUGGUUUCUGGGAUCGACGUCCCAUGGCUGGCUUACGGUCUUCCCGGGUAGGUGAUGUGUUUAGAGCGCUCGGGAUGCUUUCCUCCGCGAUACCCUGUAGUAGUGCCUCCAAGCCCUGGAUUGGCAGUGCGUGGUAGGCCCCGAUCUUGCACCUCAGCUUGGGCUGCUUGGUGGGCUGAAAGAACGGCAUCGACAGGUGUGUUUUGCCUCCCAGAAGCUGAAUCUCUGCUUUGUGGGGCUUGAUGGGUUUGUGGGGUGCAGAUAUUUGGCAAGUAUAUAGUUAUAUAUAGUAGUACACGUAUAACAAAAGUUGGUCAAAUGUAUUGUUUUUAGUGUAUUAGCCCUUGUGCCUUAUUAUUUCUUAUUUGUGCCCACAAAAUGUCUUACCCUCUACUCUUCUUUCUCCAGGAAGCUGCAUUAUGCCGACAACUUCCUGUGGACUCUGAAAACAUGGCUCCUGUUCAGACCUCAGUGAGCCCACCUGCCAUGCCUCAGGAAAUACGAUCUAUAACAAACAAUGGAUCUGACCCUUUCCUCAACAGGCAAGUUACUUUAAACAGUCUAUGUUAUUUAGAAAACUUGUUAUAAUAUUCUGCAAACCCAAAAGCAAUACUGUUUUAUUUUUUUCCCCUUAAUCUUAUUUAAUUACCUUUAUUUAAUGUUCCGGUGCUGCUUAAUUGUGUUUGGUGUGCAUGUUUUCCGGUGCACAGUUCUUCAUCUCUAAAUACAGUACCAGUUUCAGUGCACAAUUCUGACAUACUAUUCAAAACCACUGUCAUAUAAAACCAGCUAUUUUAUUUUUUGCUUUAUGUAUUUGUCGAUGAUUUGACUAGUUCAGAUAACUACUUCACUGUCGAACAGUGGUUCCCAACCCAGUCCUCAAGUAUCCCCUAACAGUCCAGGAUUUAGGAAUUACCCAGUUGUGUCUAAGGUGUUUUUAGAAAAAAAAAAACAACACUUUAGACACAACAGGGUAAUCCCUAAAUCCUGGACCUGUAUGGGGUACCUGAGGACUGGGUUGGGAAACCCUGCUGUAGAAGAAUUACCAUGUGUGCAAGUUUAAUUUUUGGCUUUUCAUUUUUUUAUUAGUGGGCCAUUUCACUCCAGAGAACAAAGCACAGACAGCGGGCUAGGCCUGGGGUGUUACAGCAUACCAACAACACCUGAAGAUUUCCUAAAUAAUAUGGAAGAAAUGGAAACAGGUAUUUAUUUGAUUAGCAAUGAGAGACGUAUAAUCUAGCAUUAAGAUAUAUUAGUAAGUGAUAAAUACAAGUUAUCUAUUUGCGGUUGUCUGAUUAUUGAUCGUAAACGAAUGUCAAUCACUGGCAUAUAUCACCAUACUAGACCAUACAGUUGUGGAAACCAUUUACGUCUGUAAGUAUAAUUUCUUCCAGUCUUGUUUCCCUGGAGAUGGAGUAAACUCCACCAAACUUAAAGGAGCAUUAUAGCAUUAGGAAUACAAAUCGGUAAUGCUAACACUCUGUUGUACCUAUCCCUGCUAGUAUUAAUGUCCAACCAUUUGGUGCAAAAUGAAGUUAAAAAAAUGAAAGAUUUACUCACCUUUUUCCAGCGCCAAUGCUGAAUCAAUGCUUUCCUGUGGGGCUCCCGCAUCACGUGACAGAGUUUUACACAGUCAGUGCGGCAAAAGCGCCCUAUGUGGCCUUACAUAAUCAUAUGUUCCUUUGUAAAAAAAAAAACUAUUGGGGUGCCGCUGCUCAUGUCAUUAGGUUUUUGUUUUUUUCUGCUCUACUGUCUGAACAUAAUUUAUGAGAUCGGUCUAGUAAAAUUUUAUGUUUUAAUGUAGAAUAUCGUUUUCUUUUUGUGCAGGCGAGAUUUUGGUCCAGCCAACUUUGAAUAUGAACCAACAAACACGUUUUCCAGAUUUUCUCGAUGCCCUGCCAGGAACAAACGUCGACUUGGGAACCCUGGAGUCUGAAGAUUUGAUUCCUAGUCUCAAUGACGUGGAGUGCGUGCUGAACAAAAAUGACACCUACCUAACCUGGCUGUAGUCUGCUCUCGGGAUCCCUUUGUAUUUUUUCCUUUUUUUUUUUUUUUUUUUUUUCAUAACCAAGCUUUACUUCCAUCUGGGAAUUUUCUGAUGAGCCUCAGUAUGGGUUCAUCGUUCACAAAGCUGCCUUUUAGACUUGACUUAUAAUACAGCAAAAUUGUAUUGCUCUUUGUUUGGAUUUUAUGUACUUGUAUUUUACUACUUUACUAAGGGCAAGCUCAAGAGAUGGGCCUUAUCAGCUACUAUUAACAAAAUUGUUUCACAUUUAUACAACGUGAGGCACCGAUGCUGGUGAUAUUUUUGCAUCCUGUUGUGCAGAUGGGUUUGGUUUUGAAAUAGAGCUUAGACUAUGAGUUACAAGCACAGAUAUACAAUGCACCUGUGCAAUAUAUGUACACUAUAUUUAUAACUACAGAUCCUAAUGCAUUUUAACCUGUUUUAAUAUAAGCUUUACAAAUCAUUGUAAUAUUAGAAAGUUUGUGCUGGGAAUAGGUUGACAAGUAGUUUUAAAGCCAAGCUACCUAGAUUUUCUUUUCUUUUUUUUUUUUUUUUGCAGAAGCACAAACACUACGUUUAUAGUUGUCUUUCAGUAUAUUACUGUAUUGCUUUUAGAAAUACUUCCAAUUUGAAAGUAGCAUUGAGUUCACUACUAGUUAUACACUACAAUAUUAUAACAAUGACCAGAUUGGUACCAACAACAUUUUUUUUUGUUUUUUUGUAAACAAUGUGAUUACACUUUUUUAUUUACUGUUUUAUUUUUUCUACGCAUAUUAGAUUUUAUUGUUUAUUUUACUAAGCACUAUAAUUUUUUUGUAACUAAUUGUAACUGACAACAUUUUUGAUACACAAAAGCAACUGCAUCUGUAAAACUAUCAAAGGGAGUAUUUUGGAGAAAAAAAACAAAAACAAUAUUUUCAAGGAUAGGUUUACUGAAAGCACGAAAACAUGCCGUAUGUUUAAAAAAAAAAAAAGUGUUUUAAAAAUGUAAUCCAUAUAUAUAUAGUAUCGGGAUCCUCUUUGCAGUUUAUCCCCAGGGAGUUACUUAUAUUCUAUUCAAACGUAAAAAGAACCUCUUUUUAUCCUGCUUUUCAACUGUAAGAUAUGAAUCUGUUUCUACAGUUGAAGCGAAGUAGAUACAUAUAUAUCACAUAUUAAUAUUUUUUUUAUUACCUUUAAAGAAUUCUGUUUUGGGUGAUGCGGGACUGACUAAGCAUUUAAAGCUCCAAUGAAACAAUCAAAGAUGCAAAUGACGUCCCAAAAUACUUAAGUGUUUUUAAUCCAUAUAUUUAUAUUGUUUAAUUUUCUGAGUAAAAUUCAUUUGUUUUGUGAAAGGCAUUAUUGAUCAAAUUCUCUUGAUGUAACCCUAUGUAAUCCACAAGAGAUAUAUUUUGCACUUAGGGUAGGUAUAUAGCAGGGGGAAAAUGACCUGUAGCUCGCUAGCUGUUGACAAACUUUUAACUCAAAGGAUUAUUGAAACUAAUGUUCACCAACAGCUGUAGAGCUGCUAGUUGAAAGACCCCCCAACCCCCUUGCCCAUACUUAGUUUGGGAUUCCCUGUGGGGUCUUACAUUGCACCUGUUUAUUUGGUAGCUCAGAGCUCCUUCUGUUUUACUUUGGACAAAUGAAGAAUGGUUGAAAUGAUAAAUAUGCAUAGGGAGGAAACUGGUUGAUCUUGGUAGGGGUUCACUGAUAUGGGUACGGAACAAUUGGAACAUACGUAGCUGCCAUCACCAAAUGGUGGUGGGACACUAGAAUAGGUCGAUAGCCAAUCUGUAGUUUUUCAGCUGUUGUGGAGAAACUAUUCCAACCAUGCUUGGGAACAUACAUAUCAUGGGAGGUGUUGGCCAAGGGCUUGAAAAGCAAUAUGCUAGACUGGACUAACUAUCUGUAUCAUAAUGUACACUGCUUACUCAUAGCUAUCUUCAGGGAAUGAGUGUUACAUUCAAAGGCAACCUAAGUAAGCAGUCCAUUAGGCAAACAGUGAUGCAUUUUAAUCACAGCAGCAUUUGGUGUAGGAAGUAUAUUGAAUACAUGGAACAUUCUGUCUAACUAUACAAUGGAACCCAGGGUAUCAUGUCUGCUACUUAUAUCAGUCUAUAGAAAUGUUAGAGUAGUGAUAGGCAACUUGUAGACAUCACCAGAUGUUGAAUUAUGGGAUUUGAAGUUCUAGAACAUUUGGCGGAUGCCUUUCAGUCACUGCUGAUUAGAAGGUAGAGAGCAUAGUGUAAUAUAUAUGGUGAUUACAGAAUUGGGUAUUAAGCAUGGAUUUGCCAAGUAUAGACAGUGUUAAGGAGAAAACUAAUCAGUCUUGUAAAGUGGAAUGCAGCCAUAGAGUAACAGAGAUGGAGUAUUUGAACUGAUUAGUCAAUUCCUGGCAUUUUACUUUGUAGUUUGACAUGGCGCUACAUGAAACUACAUUUUCUUUUUUAGGUUUUUCUAUGAUAUUUUCGAACAAUUUAAAACUUUUUUUUACAGUGUUUUUCUUUUUAUGUCCAACCUUCAUGAACACCAGGAAUUACGUGUUUAAAAGGUGUGCUGCGUGAAUUUCAAAGUGUGCUGCAAAUGGAAGUUAUAUAUUCUUUACCAUAGGUCUACAUGCAAAGGAACAUUUAUAGGUCUGCAAUAUGAGCAGUGUUAAAAAAAAAGUUAAGAGUAAAUUUACACUGAGUUUGGCACAAGCUUAAAUGCAGCCUGUCGGGUUUCUUUUAAUCGGCCUAUGUGAGAAAGAGAGACAGUCCUGCCUUGACAACCAAUCAACAGAACUAUAAACAUGUCAUGCAGCAACCAAAGAGAAGCCCCACUGCCCUAAACAAAUAUACACGAGGGAACUAUUGUCAUAACAACAAUAUCUUCAGUUUGUAACUCCACUUCUCUCAGUGCAAGGUCAGGGAGACUCCGUAAAUGGGAUGUGGGCUUAGGCAAAAGGUGGAACCGCAUGUGUUAAACUACAACUCACAUUAUAUUCAAGCAGUUUAAAGGAACACAGUCAUGAAUAAGAAAUAUAGGUGAAUCUUUUAAGUGAUGUACAACAUGAUGGUAGUGUUGUUCAAUUGUUUUUAAUGUUCUUUUUAUAUAUAUAUAUAUGAACCCGUCCUCAAACAAUGUAUUUGAUAGCUACUUUAGUUAAAGGGACACACAGUGUCCCUUUAAGUGGUCUGAGUGCGAUGUCCCUGCAGUGUAAAACUUUGCAGUUCUGCAGAACAGGAAUGUUUACAUUGCAGGGUUUAAACGCCUCUAGUGGCGUUCUUCUAUUUCAAUCUGUCUGGCUCAGUGCGGCACCAGCCUCCGCUUUGGAUUGGCUGAGAUUAUCUAUUGUGAUGCUGUUAUUAAAGGAAUUGGAGGAAAUUCUUUUAUUCUUCAUUAAGAAGGUUAAUAGAUUUUAAGGGUUUCAUAAUAAUAGCUUUCUACCUUAGAGGAAAGUCUAUUAGCUUACAUUACAAAGUUGUGUACAACAAAACCGUAAGAUAUAUAUAUUUUUAGCUCAUGCAAAGGGGUAAAUACAAGUAAUAUAGAUAAAUGAAAUAAACUGUAUUGUUUGAAUUUUCGAAUGUGCAGCUACAUUAAGCAAUAUCACUACAUAACAUGAUGUGUGUAAACAUGCAUCUGUUUAAAACACAUUUUAUAAUUAUCAUUUAGUUCAUCAACCGCUGGAAAUCUAUACCUUAAAUCACUGUCAUGCUUGCGAGUGUACAUACAUUUUUACAAACACCCACAGAUAAACUUGUAGCAUAUUUAUUUCAGUAAGAUUACAUAUGCACCAAUUCCCCCUAUUGCACUUCUUGAAAUAUUCAGUCUCCUGACUUCAAUCCUAGCAUCCUAUGACAUGAUUCGCAAACCUGCCACUUUCCAGGCAUUUUAACGGCAAUGUUCUAGGUCUAGUUGCUGUACAACAUUUACAUAUGAAUCCUGUGUAAUAGAUUUUUCUAGUUUGGUUUUUUUUUCACCGACUUUCAAAGAAAAUGUUUAUGUGCAUGAUCUUUAGGGAGUGUUAUUUUACUGUAGGUUCUAGAGAUGUGAAGAGUUAAUUAUGGGUUUAUUACAUAUAUAUGGGAUAUUUGUAAGGAAUGACGCAGGCAAGUGGUAGUGUAAAUUAUCAUCUACACCAGCAUUGCAUGUUAAACUUUUCUUUGUUUACCAGGGUUGGGAUUAUUUGCCUCAGAGUUGUGAGAGUAGUAGUCCAAUCGCAGCUGGUUUAUAUUUCACAUGUUGCAUUGAGGGCAUAAGUACAGGGGGAGCCUUGAAAGUGACGGAGGCAUUAACGUGUUUUACUUAGGAUAUAUAAAUAGCCAAGCAUUCAGAUAGCCUGGAGUACAUUCUUUUCAGGUUUGGUGUGUUAAAUAAAAAAGGUUUAAUAGUUUUUCCACUAAGCAAUGAAUCGUGGGGAUUCGACAAACACAUUUUAAAAUAUGUAGGCCAAAUCAAUUGAGCUGGAAUUAUUUAAAAAAAAUGCUCAUCUGGGGAUGAUUACGGAAAUGGUAUAUUAAAGAGGCAUAUCAAAUAUUUUUGUAACGUGGUCAAAUUCUCUCUUCAGCUGAGUAGAACAAUUAGGUAUUUCUAAAGAUGAUCUUGUCUGUGCUUUUAGGACCUGUUUGAAGACACUUGAGAUCCAACAGAGUUGGAAGCUUUAGUACAAAAAUAUUUCGUUCUGGUAGCCCAGAUUUUUGAACUGCAUUUUCCUGAAGCUCAACCAGCCAUGGGGUUCUGGCAGAUCCACAAUGCUUUUCGCUCAGACUGUAGUUUAUAGCUACUGGUGAUUUAUGUAUUGCCCAACAUUUUACAAGGAAAAUAGUUCAACAGCAUUGAACUGCCACAAACUCACAGAAACAACCUGAUUGUACCUGAUCCAAAUUAAUCCAUUCUCCAUGAUUAAGGAUGCCUCCACACUCAUUGCCAGUGGGUUGUCAGCGAUGCAGUUCUACAAUGAUACUGGGUACAAGUUAACUGCAAGCAUGUUUUUUUAAUGACACAUUAUUGUCCAAUAAUAAUGGAUAAAUUAUUGUUCUGCAUACACUUUAAUAAAUCAUCUUCUGUGAUCUAUCCGAAUACACUGAUAUGUAAUGGAAAUUUUGGAACUGAUAAACACUAAAUGGGGCAUAUUGCUAAAAUGGGUUUAGUAAACAAGUGCAAGUUUUAAGUAGCAGUAUUGUGCAGCCCUAUGGUGAUUGACACUAGGACUGUGCAGCCAUCUUUAAUUUAUCUUUCUGUUAUAACUACAUGAAAUUUUAGACUAUGCUCCAUUAUUUUAUAACUCAUUUGUAGAUAUUAGUUUUAUGUUGAAAUGUUAUGCAUAUGGACGUAUGCAUCUUAAAAAGAUGAUCAAAUGUUUGAGGGAAGUGUGAAGUGGAAUGAAGAUCAAAUACUCAUUGUAUUUCCAUGUAUCAUUUUAUUGAACUUGAUUGCUGGCUCUGUUCUUUUUGGUUUGAGCAACUAUGCAAUAAAACUUCCAGAAAGUAUUCACAUACUGUUAA